AUGACAUCCAAGUCAUCCAGGCAGGGCAGACCCUCAUCGGCAGGGUCCAAGCAGCCCUCUCAGAGGAAGGAGUGCCCAGCGGGUAACCGCUCCUGUAUGCUGCGGGUCGGGGAGAGGCUGAUGAGGGCUGGGAGUGAGGGAAACCUACAUGUUGUGAGACCCAGACCUGCCCAGCAGACACCACUGGAGGAGAGACACCAAAAGUCAGUCUCCAUCACAGCCAAAGGUAGGAACUCUUAAAGGUCCAAUGCAGCUGUUUUUAUUUCAAUAUCAAAUUUCUGGCUAACAAUUGUGAUACCUUACUGUGAUUAUUUUCAACUAAAAUGGUCAAAAAAAAACAAAAAUAGCUUCUUAGCAAAGAGCAUUUUCUCAAGAAAGAAUUUUGUUGGACUGUCUGGGAAUGGUCUGAGUAAGGAGGGGAAAACGUAUUGGCAAAAAGGGUUUGGAACUCUCUUACUUAUUGGUCUAUUAACUCAUUUACCACCUGGUGAUGUCACCAUGGAGGCUAAAACUCCAUCCCACCAAAACAGGCUGAAAUUUCAGGCGGUCUUUUCAAACAGCUAUUAUACAUAUAUAUAUAUAAAACACAGGAAAAAUCAAGUCUUUGACUGCACUGGUCCUUUAAUGUCUCUAGGCUUACACUGAGUAUACCAAACAUUAGGAACACCUUCCUAAUAUUGAGUUGCCCCUUUUUGCCCUCAGCCUCAAUUCGUCGGGGCAUGGACUCUACAAGGUGUCGAAAGCGUUCCACAGGAAUGCUGGCCCAUGUUGACUCCAAUGCUUCCCACAGUUGUGUCAAGUUGGCUGGAUGUCCUUUGGGUGGUGGACCAUUCUUGAUACACACAGGAAACUGCCUAGCGUGAAAAACCCAACAGCUUUCUGAUUCUUGACACAAACUGGUGCGCCUGUCACCUACUACCAUACUCCGUUCAAAGGCACGUACAUUUUUUAUCUUGCCCAUUUACCCUCUGAAUGGCACACAUACACAAUCCAUGUCUCAAUUGUCUCAAGGCUUAUAAAUCCAUAUUUAACUUGUCUCCUCCCCUUCAUCUACAAUGAUUGAAGUGGAUUUAACAAGUGACAUCAAUAAGGGAUCAUCGCUGUCACCUGGAUUCACCUGGUCAGUCUAUGUCAUGGAAAGAGCAGGUGUUCUUAAUGUUUUGUAUACUCAGUGUAUAGUCUAAGGCACUCACUGCUGGACUGCAAGCCUUUAGUGGAAGUUUACUAACUCUUUGUUUUCUGUUGCUGUACUGUAUGAGUCAUAGGAUACUGUAUUGAAGUUCUGUAAAAGUUUCACUGCACCGCAAAUUAAUAAUAGAUCUGAUGAUGUAGUCAGUGUUACAGUGCUACUGUAGCCGACAGUACAUGACUCUGUGCCGUAGCAGUCAUACACUCUCACACUCUCAAGUCCCCCCCCCCCCCCCCCCCCAUUUCACGCACGCAUGCAGACACAAACACACCCACCCACACACACACACACACACAAACACACACACACACACACACACACACACACACACACACACACACACACACACACACACACACACACACACACAAUUACUGUACAGUGUGCGGAGAGCUUAGAUCACCCUGUCAGAGGGUCAUUUUGUAUUGUCAUGCAUUCCUGGGUGAAGCACAUGAGUCUGGUCAUAUUGUUCUGUCUAGGCCCCCUCAGCGGCCAGUGGAUUAAGCCUGGGGUCAACCCUUGUAGCUCUCAUUGUGCUGAUGAGUUACAUUCCCCCUCUUAUCAUCACAUUCCCUUUCAGUGAAGUUGAGUUAAUCUCCUGCCCCGGUUCAAAAGCAACUGCUGCUGUAGACCGUCUGAUUGCAAAUUUAAUUUGACUUUGCCAACUCUGCAGCUGGAAUCUGUCGCAAAGAGAAAAAGCAUUUGUCACACUAUCCAGGGUACAAAUGAGGGUUGGAGAGAAUUCAACUCACAGGUGCAUGUGGCCUCUUCAGACCAGUAGAAGUAUAAAAUGUCCUUUUGCUUUCCUCUUUCCCUUUUAUUUAUUUUCCUUUUCUUUGUAGCUUUUUAUUGGGAUGUUUUUAGUCAAGCGCGAUGUUCCAGAAACAUUCUAACAAAUUCAAAGGAAAAUUUGCUCAAUGUCAUAAUUCAGCAUUUAAGGAACUUCCUCUUGGAGUUCUGAAAACAUUGCUAGACUUCCAAGCCCAGUUCUCAGUAUAUUUUACAGGUGAAUUUCAUUCUGGCUUCAUGCCUGAAUGGAGAGGCUACACCCCAGGUUCCCUAGGUCUAAUAUAUCAUUUGAGCUGACGAACAAUGGCUGCAAUACAUGGCCUAUAACUAACAGAUGAUGUUUGUUGUGGCCGUCUAUCUGUCGUCUGCUGCUGCCAGUGGCAGACUUAACACCAGCGGCUCCAUGUAUUCGGAGAACGAUCUGAACACUAAUCCUCUGGUCUCCUCUCGGGACAUGAUACAAGACUGUUGCGCUAAACUACCCUUAAACCAGUGGUAUUCAAACCUUUUCAGUUGGGACUCCAUUUUUUCAGCCAGAAUUUCUGGGGACCCCAUUUUUUCCCCAAUACUUUUUUGCGACCCCACCCCUCUCCAAGUCUAAUGACACAACCUUAAAAUCGGUACAUUUUGAUUUUUACAUCAACCAAUAAAUACAUUUCCGCAAUAAAAUUGUAUCUUUCAAAUUAUAUUUCUCAAAACGUUUGUAUAUUGUCCCAUACAAUAAUCUAUCUGUACUGUUAUUUUUAUUUUUUUACAUUUUUGCAACCCCACUGCAGUUCCACCGACUUUGAAUACCACUGCCUUAAAUCAUUCUAUUUUUGAAAUGUCUUCCCUUUCUCCUUACAUUGUGAUAAACUCUCUUUCUCACACUGAGCCCUCGGCUUAAAUAUUCUCACACAUCUUCUCACACUUGCUGUGACAUGCAAAUGACAUACAGUAGAGUUAAAAUACAAUACAAUACAAUAGAAUACAAUAGAAUGGUCUUCUAUCAUGAGUGAUAGUAAUUUUGCAAUUUAGUUUGGAGUAAAUAACCUGUUGAGUUUUCGUGUGUGUAUGAUUAAUAUUUUGAUGUUUCACAGUUAUUAGAGUUAGCAUAGAGUGCAAUUGUAUCUCUAAACGGUGGCUUGAGGCUCGUACCUGCCCACAUCUAAUCGUUUGUUUGGCCUCAACACUCACAGUAAUCUGUGAAUGACGUACAUAAUCAUAGCUACCGUUUUCACUUUUCAUCUAAAUGUUUUGGCGCAUCACAAAGACUUGCAGUGGACACCGUCUGGUGGUAAUCAUCCCUGCAGUUCAAGCAUAUGUUUCUGGUGUCAGAAAGGGGGGCUUAAGUGAAUCUCUAAACCACAAGAUGACCCAAACCUGUGGUAUUAAAGCAAAGACAGAUCUCAACACGCUUUCUCAGGUGUCAGCUUCAAAGUGAUGCCUAUUUUUUAGAUAAAGAUAAUGCUGUCUUUAUCAACACCUUGUUUCCAAAGAUAGAGAUGGGGUUCUAAGUGUUGACAUGUGUGUUGAAAGUUUAUGCUUUUAAACAGCAACAUUCAGUUGGCUAGAUUAAAUUGAUGACCAAAUCUGAUGGUAUCGCUAUCAGAAUAAUGAUCCACUGAAAUGUGUAAACCUUGUGAAAUUGGACCCAAAUGCUCUCUGUCAAUGGUAACAUGAAGACCGUUUGUCAUGAUGUGGAGUCGAAAUGGAUUCAGGAUGUGAAUAAUAUUUUCUCCAAGUCAUUACGUUGUAUACGUUGUAUUACCCCCCAAAAAUGUAUCUGUGCCUAAUUAGACAUAACAGACCUUUUUCAUUUUGACUAAGUCACUUCAUUUUCAGUUGUCUAACCCUUGUGAGUGUGCUUCCAAAAUUGUUCAAAAUUGUCUUUGCAGGCAGCAGCCUAGCACGCAGACCCUGAUUUGCUCUGACAGCCGCGUGAUUUCAGAUCAUACUGAAGUCCGCCCCAUCCCGUCAGUCCCAACCCCCACCUCCCACCGCUACAGCCUCUACACUACAGGCCCAAUGACAUUUGUCUUUUUUUAUAGCCACAAACUGUGAUGCAUGCUUCGAUGAACACAACACAACAUCUGAAACAGCUGCUCAGUCGAUUUAGACUUCAUGUUGAUCCCUAGUUGAGAAUGAUUUAGGUGAUACUGGCAUGACAUUGUUAUUUCUGUGGCUUUGGUUUAGUCUUGGAUGAGAUGCAUACAGAUGACAUCAUCAAGGCCAGUGUCCCCAUAAACAAUAUAAAUAAUUCCUGCUCUCCCAUUCAGAAAACCAUCUCCAACUCUCCAAAUUACUCACUUAUAACUGGAACUAUGCCUCCUCUCUUCCAAGUUGAUGGUUGACGCAGAUAUGUACCUAUUUAACUUGAAAACACCCCUUUAGAAUGACAGUUUUUAUUGGUGUUUGUUUUUCUUUCCUCUGGUAGAUUGACAGGCCAAUAGAGGAGCAUACACACAGCCUUUCAUUAUCUGUAGCUAUAUGUUAUGGCUAAUCGAGCCAUCCUGACCCCCCUCUCUCUUGGUGUCCAUAACCUCUUACAGUAUGUAAGGGAAUUAUUGUUCAGUGCUUUCAUUGUUGUUGUAAAGUUUUGUUGCACACCACAUGCUUGACAGCCCCCACCAAGCCAGUUAUUGAAAACACUCCCCCGCACAUUAGCGCUGGGAGCAUAAUGUAAGAUCUAAAUCAUGCAACAAGGGUGACUAAGCUAGGGGGAGAAGACGUAAGCGCAUUCUGUAUGAGCUGAUGCUAAUAACCCAUUAAAUUAGUGUACCCUAAAGCCAUGUUGGGGUAAGUUCAAACAAGGUUACUGAAACUAUUGUAAUUCACCUAAUCCUUGUGAUAGCAUGCCAAAUUACCCUAUAUCCAACAAAAGCACAGAAAAAGAAGAACAUUCAUUUUGAAACUGUGGUUGGCGAAGUUAAUAAAAGCUGAUAUUGAGCAUAAUCGGGAAUGUCUUAUUAUUAAACAGUACAUGAUCAGUUCAGACUCUUAUUCUAUUUCUAAUACCCUGAACCAAGCAACAGGUUGAUGUCAUGUGAGGCAGCUAUUAUUGUGAAAGUCUAUCUGUGUUUAUUAGGUGUUUUAUUGCUACAGUAUGCCAACAGUGUUAUAUAUAGGCUUAGUAGGCUAUAGGCUAUAUACACUACCAGUCAAACGUUUGGACACACCUACUCUUUCAAGGGUUUUUCUUUAUUUGUACUAUUUUCUACAUUGUAGAAUAGUAGUGAAGACAUCAAAACUAUCAAAUAACUCAUAUGGAAUCAUGUAGUAAACAAAAAAGUGUUAAACAAAUCAAAAUAUAUUUUAUAUUUGAGAUUCUUCAAAUAGCCACCCUUUGCCUUGAUGACAGCUUUGCACACUCUUGCAUUCUCUCAACCAGCUUCAUGAGGUAGUCACCUGGAAUGCAUUUCAAUUAACAGCUGUAGGUGUGUUGGGUCAUUGUCCUGUUGAAAAACAAAUGAUAGUCCUACUAAGCCCAAACCAGAUGGGAUGGCGUAUCGCUGCAGAAUGCUGUGGCAGCCAUGCUGGUUAAGUGUGCCUUGAAUUCUAAAUAAAUCACAGACAGUGUCUCCAGCAAACCACCCCCACACCAUAACACCUCCUCCUCCAUGAGUUACGGUGGGAAAUACACAUGCGGAGAUCAUCCGUUCACCCACACCGCGUCUCAUAAAGCCACAGCGGUUGGAACCAAAAAUCUCAAAUUUGGACUCCAGACCAAAGGACACAUUUUCACCGGUCUAAUGUCCAUUGCUCGUGUUUCUUGGCCCAAGCAAGUCUCUUAUUAUUAUUGGUGUCCUUUAAUAGUGGUUUCUUUGCAGCAAUUCGACCAUGAAGGCCUGAUUCACACAGUCUCCUCUGAACAGUUGAUGUUGAGAUGUGUCUGUUACUUAAACUCUGUGAAGCAUUUAUUUGGGCUGCAAUUUCUGAGGUUGGUAACUCUAAUGAACUUAUCCUCUGCAGCAGAGGUAGCUCUGGGUCUUCCAUUCCUUUGGUGGUCCUCAUGAGAGCCAGUUUCAUCAUAUCGCUUGAUGGUUUUUGCGACUGCACUCGAAGAAACUUUAAAAGUUCUUGAAAUGUUCCGUAUUGACUGACCUUCAUGUCUUAAAGUAAUGAUGGACUGUUGUUUCUCUUUGCUUAUUUGAGCUGUUCUUGCCAUAAUAUGGACUUGGUCUUUUACCAAAUAGGGCUAUCUUCUGUAUACAACUGAUUGGCUCAAACGCAUUAAGAAGAAAAUAAAUUCCACAAAUUAACUUUUAAGAAGGCACACCUGUUAAUUGUAAUGCAUUCCAGGUGACUACCUCAUGAAGCUGGUUGAGAGAAUGCAAGAGUGUGCAAAGCUGUCAUCAAGGCAAAGGGUGGCUAUUUGAAGAAUCUCAAAUAUAAAAUAUAUUUUGAUUUGUUUAACACUUUUUAGUUUGCUAUAUGACUCCAUAUGUGUUAUUUCAUAGUUUUGAUGUCUUCACUAUUAUUCUACAAUGAAAAAAUAGUAAAAAUCAAGAAAAACCCUUGAAUGAGUAGGUGUAUCCAAACUUCUAACUGGUAGUGUAUAUAUAUAUAUUUUUUCAAUGUAACCUUUAUUUAACUAGUCAUGUCAGUUAAGAACAAAUUCUUAUUUACCAUGACAGCCUACCCCCCUUCCCCUAACCCGGACGAUGCUGGGCCAAUUGUGCGCCGCCCUAUUGGACUCCUGAUCACGGCCGGUUGAGAUACAGCCCCGGAUCAAACCAGGGUUUGCAGUGACUCUAGCACUAAGAUGCAGUGUCUUAGACCGCCGCGCCACUCGGGAGCCCACUAUAUCAGGCAGCACAUAAAUACCACCCUCUCGACAUCUUUGAAAACUGACUGAAGGGUCAAGUUUAUGACUUUGAACACAAGUUUUGAUUUAAAGUGGGUGUGGCGUACCUCCCCAUAUCGUUACAUGAGAUGGAUACGGGGAUAGGUUUUUUAUAAAAUUGUUGGGAAAUCUAGAUAAUUAAAAGAUAAGUGCAUUUUCAGUGCCAGCUCUUAACACACACGCCAACGUCCUUCAGGAGUUAACUUGUGUUAUGAAGUCAGUGAUCAGGAGGGCUGUAUUCUUGAUAGAGCUAGGCAGUGUUCCAAAUGGCACCCUAUUCCCUACAUAGUGCACUACUUUGACCAGAUCCCUAUAGGCCCAUUUGCGAUGUAUAACUAAUGAAUGAGGGGUCUGAAUAGGAUGGCAUUGUAGCCUUCGAAGCAGACAGAAGGGGAGAGUAAAACAUUACUACAGUAUUGCUUUGCUCUCCCAGGACUCUUUCACAAUCGUCUCAUAAGGUUUUUAAUUUUCGAGCUCAUGGGGGCAUAUGAAACCUUGUCACAUGCCAUUUCAUAGCAUAUUUUCAAGGCUGAAUGUCUCAGCCUUCAGACUUAGUGAAGUGCAUCAUAUUAAAAACAAAAAUAGCAACAAUAUGUAGUCUUCCUCCUCUAGACCAGACACUUUUAUCACCCCCUCCAACUCUGUCUGUCUGUGGAGUUAAGCCCUUACACCCUCUAAUGUUUAGAGUGCUUUUACAUUUUUACCUUGGAUCUAUUUAGUUCGGAAGUCCAUAUUUGUGAGUGAAGUGUCCAUUUGUUUCUGUCCUGGAAUAUGACAUGCUAGUCAAUGAUAAAGACAUUGAGAGUUACUUUUACAAAAUCAGUAUACUUCUGGCCCACCAAUAGGGGUCUUUUGCCAUAGCAAACCAUCUCAGAUUGUGCAGGGGGGCCCACAGGCUCUGGGGGCCCCCACCCCAUGGUUUGCCAGUGCUGUGAUAAAACAUUGCGUAAAAUAAUAAAUUUGAAUAAUUUAUCUGCACUGUAUGUUUGUUAGCCAGCUAGCCAGGGAGUUUUAGAGGAAUGAUUCCAUAAAUUUUUCUAAUUACAGUUGAAGUCGGAUACAUUUAAACUCAGUUUUUCACAAUUCUUGACAUUUAAUCCUAGUAAAAAUUCCCUGUCUUAGGUCUGUUAGGAUCACCACUUUAUUUUAAGAAUGUGAAAUGUCAGAAUAAUAGUAGAGAGAAUGAUUUAUUUCAGAUUUUAUUUAUUUCAUUACAUUUCCAGCGGGUCAGAAGUUUACAUACACUCAUUUAGUAUUUGGUAGCAUUGACUUUAAAUUGUUUAACUUGGGUCAAACGUUUCGGGUAGCCUUCCACAAGCUUCCCACAAUAAGUUGGGUGAAAUUUGGCCCAUUCCUCCUGACAGAACUGGUGUAACUGAGUCAGGUUUGUAGGCCUCCUUGCUCGCACACGCUUUUUCAGUUCUGCCCACAAAUGUUCUAUAGGUUUGAGGUCAGGGCUUUGUGAUGGCCACUCCAAUACCUUGACUUUGUUGUCCUUAAGCCAUUUUGCCACAACUUUGGAAGUAUGCUUGGGGUCAUUGUCCAUUUGGAAGACCCAUUUGCGACCAAGCUUUAACUUCCUGACUGAUGUCUUGAGAUGUUGCUUCAAUAUUUCCACAUAAUUUUCCUUUCUCAUGAUGCCAUCUAUUUUGUGAAGUGCACCAGUCCCUCCUGCAGCAAAGCACCCCCACAGCAUGAUGCUGCCACUCCCAUGCUUCACGGUUGGGAUGGUGUUCUUCGGCUUGCAAGAAACCCCCUUUUUCCUCAAAACAUAACGAUGGUCAUAAUAGCCAAACAGUUCUAUUUUUGUUUCAUCCGACCAGAGGACAUUUCUCCAAAAAGUAAGACCUUUGUCCCCAUGUGCAGUUGCAAACCGUAGUCUGGCUUUUUUAUGGCGGUUUUGGAGCAGUGGCUUCUUCCUUGCUGAGCGGCCUUUCAGGUUAUGUCGAUAUAGGACUCGUUUUACUGUGGAUAUAGAUACUUUUGUACCUGUUUCCUCCAGCAUCUUCACAAGGUCCUUUGCUGUUGUUCUGGGAUUGAUUUGCACUUUUCACACCAAAGUACGUUCAUCUCUAGGAGACAGAACGCAUCUCCUUCCUGAGCGGUAUGACGCUGCGUGGUCCCAUGGUGUUUAUACUUGCAUACUAUUGUUUGUACAGAUGAACGUGGUACCUUCAAGCGUUUCGAAAUUACUCCCAAGGAUGAACCAGACUUGUGGAGGUCUACAAUUAUUUUUCCGAGGUCUUGGCUGAUUUAUUUUGAUAAUCCCAUGAUGUCAAGCAAAGAGGCACUGAGUUUGAUGGUAGGCCUUGAAAUACAUCCACAGGUACACCUCCAAUUACAUUUACAUUUUAGUCAUUUAGCAGACGCUCUUAUCCAGAGCGACUUACAGUUAGUGAAUACAUAUUUUUUUAUACUGCCCCCCCCGUGGGAAUCGAACCCACAACCCUGGCGUUGCAAACGCCAUGCUCUAUCAACUGAGCUACAUCCCUGCCGGCCAUUCCCUCCCCUACCCUGGACGACGCUGGGCCAAUUGUGCGCCGCCCAUGAGUCUCCCGGUCGCGGCCGGCUGCGACAGAGCCUGGAUUCGAACCAGGAUCUCUAGUGGCACAGUUAGCACUGCGAUGCAGUGCCUUAGACCACUGCGCCACUCAGGAGUAAGUCAAAUUAUGUCAAUUAGCCUAUCAGAAGCUUCUAAAGCCAUGACAUCAUUUUCUGGACUUUUCCAAGCUGUUUAAAGGCACAGUCAACUUAGUGUAUGUAAACUUCUGACCCACUGGAAUUGUGAUACAGUGAAUUAUAAGUGAAAUAAUCUGUCAUUAAACAAUUGUUGGAAAAAUUACUUGUGUCAUGCACAAAGUAGAUGUCCUAACCGACUUGCCAAAACUAUAGUUUGUUAACAAAAUAUUUGUGGAGUGGUUGAAAAACGAGUUUUAAUGACUCCAACCUAAGUGUAUAUAAACUUCCGACUUCAACUGUAACUGCCAAUAUGCCAACAUUCCAUUUAAACAAUGCAGUCAAUCCACAACCAUACACUGGCUGAAAUCAGUAGAUGAUAGUACUUAGACAAGUUGUAAAUGCAGCAAGUACUGAUAUUGUAUCAUAUAAUAGCACUCUCAGCUUUCCAAGAAAACUAAAAUGUUUAAAUGUAUGGUCUGUUUGCAUAUAUUUUAGAGGCUAUUUAUACAGAAAAUGUGUAUAAAACCCGUAUAAACUGUAUUUAUGAUUAUAUGACAAUAUUUCAGGUUGACAGUAAUUAUAUUUAACAAUUUCUGAUAUAUCACAUGCUUUUGUUUUAUUAUCCUGCAUAAAUAAAAUCCGGAUUAUGCCUCUACUGCCAUUCAUUCCAAUGAGACUGGUUUGGAUUUCUCCCUGACCAAUAUGGCUCCCAUUUUCACCCCAUUCUGGAACUUCGAGGCAAAAAUCUGAGGGGGCACAAAGUACAUGAGGAUGGCGGGGGGAUGAUCUGGAGGGGGGAUGGCCCCCCCGACCGUAAAUUGGAGACUUAAACCCCUGAAACAGCUUUUUAAUGCAAUCUAGAGCCAUAAUCAUUAUGCUUAAUUAUACGUAUUUUUUUUUUAUGUCAAUUUUUCUGCAUAUCUAAGCAUACCUUUUGAGCUGUCUGUAAGAAACUAAAUAUGCUUCUCUGCAUCUCUGCUAAAAUCUGGGUAAAAGAUUGAAAGGAAUGUGAGUCUUAUUCAGUACAUUUAGAUAUUGCUUGCUUUUCUAAAGUCUACCAACCUUGCCAGCAGGCAUGCCAGCUAAGAUAGUUAGAGAAGCUAGCUAUUCUAUCUUGAUGGAUAGCCUGAAAUGACUUAUUUUUACCGUUAUUUUACCAGUAAAUUGACUGAGAACACAUUGUCAUUUACAGCAACAACCUGGGGAAGCCAAUUGGAAGCUGAGGAUGAUUAGGUGUCCAUGAUGGUAUGAGGGCCAGAUUGGAAAUUUAGCCAGGACACCGGGGUUAACACCCCUACUCUUACGAUAAGUGCCAUGGGAUCUUAAGUGACCACAGAGAGUCAGGUCACCCGUUUAAAUUCCCAUCCAUAAUAUGUUUUACAGGCUUCUUGGUAGCUGGUUAUGAGAUUGGGAGAUUGGGAACCUGUCUGGGCUAGCUAAAGCUAACUUCAUAAAACUGCUAGGUGGCUAGUAGUAUUACAGAGAAACAACAACAACCAAAUUAAAUUAAAUAAAAACAAAUAUUCUUUAAACAUGACAAAUCUGAGGGGACACGAGCCUCUAAGCCCCCUAUGGGCAUGACGCCUCUGCUUCGAGGGUUUAUGACAUAGCCCCUCUACUAUGCUCAGGCCUUGCAGGGGCCCCGCGAAACUGCGGUACUCCACUGGCAUUGAGAUGCAAUUCUCAGAAUCUUCAUGGUUGUCCCACUCUCCUAAUCUCUACCCUGCGAUAAGAAUACAAAAACCCAUCCAGAAAAAAAUCCUCCUUGUAACCAUAAUGACUUUUUCCAGCAUUGUACAAAGCGAUAUGUAGUUGAAGCUGAAGCAUUCACUUGCUGGCUGUGUAGUCAGUGAACCAAUGCAACAUGGCAGACCAGAGAUCCACCUUCGGGGCAGAAGUGAACUAGAUCAAUCAGCUCAGCUUUGUCAAAAGGAGAGCGAGAGACUAGGCUUCCUCUCCUCUUCUCGGCUCUAUCCUCUGCUUCCCUUACAUCUGUCUCUCUCUCUCUCUCUCUCUCUCUCUCUCUCUCUCUCUCUCUCUCUCUCUCUCUCUCUCUCUCUCUCUCUCUCCUCUCUCUCUCUCUCUCUCUCUCUCUCUCUCUCUCUCUCUCUCUCUCUCUCCACUUGUGCGGACUGUCACACAGUAGACCUUAAGUGACACAUUCACUUGGCAGGCUUUUCAUGUUGAAUCAAUUCAACUGCUGAACAAAAUGUGUCCGUUUUUUAUAUUUUUUUAGGGGGGGGGGGACCGAAACAUUAAACUGUAUAGCUGCCAUAUACAGAAUGUGUUGGCCUAAAUGUCAAAUGUUCUGCUACAGGAGAAUGAAAUAUUAUUUAUGAACAUGUAGGCUACAUUUCCAAUCAUCAUAAUGAUGUGAUUAUAUUAAUUUGAGCUUUUUUAAUAACCUAAUACAGUACACCCAAGCCAUGAGGUCGAAGGAAUUGUCCGUAGAGUUUGUGGGAUUGUGUCGAGGCACAGAUCUGGGGAAGGGUACCAAAAAAAUUCUGCAACAUUGAAGGUCCCCAAGAAUACAGUGGCCUCCAUCAUUAUUUAAAUGGAAGUAGUUUGGAGCCACCAAGACUCUUCCUAGAGCUGGCCACCCGGCCAAACUGAGCAAUCGGGGGAGAAGGUCCUUGGUCAGGGAGGUGACCAAGAACCGUAUGGUCACUCUGACAGAGCUCCAGAGUUCCUCUGUGGAGAUGGGAUAACCUUUCAGAAGGAUAAUCAUCUCUGCAGCACUCCACCAAUCAGGCCUUUAUGGUAGAGUGGCCAGAUGGAAGCCACUCCUCAGUAAAAGGCACAGCCUGCUUGGAGUUUACCAAAAGGCACCUAAAGGACUCAGACAAUGAGAAGCAAGAUUCUCUGGUCUGAUGAAACCAAGAUUGAACUCUUUGGCCUGAAUGCCAAGCGUCACGUCUGGAGGAAACCUGACACCAUCCCUAUGGUGAAGCAUGGUGGUGGCAGCAUCAUGCUGUGGUGAUGUUUUUCAGCGGCAGGGACUGUGAGACUAGUCAGGAUCGAGGGAAAGGCGAAUGGCGCAAAGUACAGAGAGAUCCUUGAUGAAAACCUGCUCCAAAGCGCUCAGGACCUCACACUGGGGCGAAGGUUCACCUUCCAACAGGACAAUGACCCUAAACACAAAGCCAAGACAAUGCAGGAGUGGCUUCGGGACAAGUCUCUGAAUGUCCUUGAAUGGCCCAGCCAGAGCCCGGACUUGAACCCGAUCGUACAUCUCUGGAUAGACCUGAAAAUAGCUGUGCAGCGAUGCUCCCCAUGCAACCUGACAGAGCUUGAGAGGAUCUGCAGAGAAGAAUGGGAGAAACUCCCCAAAUACAGGUGUGCCAAGCUUGUAGCAUCAUACCCAAGAAGGCGUGAGUCUGUAAUCACUGCCAAAGGUGCUUCAACAAAGUACUGAGUAAAGGGUCUAAAUGCUUAUGUAAAUGUGAUAUAUAUGUAAAUGUUUUUUAUUCCUAGAAACCUGUGUGUAGAUUGAUGACGGAAAAAACAAUUGAAUACAUUUUAGAAUAAGGCUGUAACGUAACAAAAUGUGGAAAAAGUCAAGGGGUCUGAAUACUUUUUGAAUGUACUGUAUACUUAAGUAUCAAAAGUAAAAGUAUAAAUCAUUUCAAAUUCCUUAUAUUAAGCAAACCAGAUGGCAAGAUUUUCUUGUUUUUUGAAUUUACGGAUAGCCAGGGGCACACUCCAACACUCAAAUAUAGUUUACAAACAAAGCAUUUGUGUUUAGUGAGUCCGCCAGAUCAGAAGAAGUAAGGAUGACUAGGGAUAUUCUCUUGAUAAGUGCGUGAAUGGGACCAUUUUCUCGUCUUGCUAAUCAUUCAAUAUGUAACAAGUACUUUUGGAUGUCCGGGAAAAUGUAUGGAGUAAAAAGUAUGUUAUUUUCUUUAGGAAUGUAGUGAAGUAAAAGUAAAAGUUGUCAAAAAAGAUAAAUAGUAAAGUAAAGUAUAGAUACCAAAGAAAACGACUUAAGUAGUACUUAAAAGUAUUUGUACUUAAGUACCUUACACUACUGCUGAUGCUAGAUUUUUCUAGUUUGAGUACAAAAACAAAAAUGUAAUUAUUUUCAACGUUUUCAUGGAGGAAACUGUUCCAGUUUGGCCAUGACAGUGACCUUGACCACAGAGUCCAUCUGUGCAGAGGGAACAGAGAGAUAUUGAGGAAAUGAAGACUCAAUUAUCCACAGACAGACAAAUUAUGUAAAAAAUAAAUAAAUAUGACAAAGAGAAACAGACGGUACAUUUAUAUUAUCAGAUACAUUUGUUAAGUCUUUGACCAUCUGGAACAUGUUAUGUUGUAAAGUUAUGUAUUUGUUUAUUAAUUGGUUCAGCCAAGUAUUCCCCAACACGCAUGCAUGGGCUGGAAAAAAAGGUGUCUGGAAAAAGUGAGGACAGCUUUACAAUGGAGCUUCCUCAGGAACACACACACACACAAACACACACACACACAUUUGACCAUAACGUUCCAUGUACAAACUUACAGUACAGAAAUACCUGAACACUGUGUGCACUGUCAAUGUAGAGUUCAUAUUGUUUAAGGGAAUAGGGUACAAAGGGAAUGGAAUAUCAGUACAUCCAACAUACUCACUGGAGAGGGAGAAGAGGUAAGGCCAUAGCAUAAUAUAUUCUCAGUGAAGACUAAAUGUUUUUUUCAUGAUUUUACUUUCUCUGUUGAUUUGUCUCUUGCUGCGUGUGGUCUGUGCAGUAUUCUUCUGAUGGAUGUGUUUUGAUACUGUGACUGUCAUGUUAGUGAAUAAUUAUCCAAUGUGUCAUUGAGGAAUCACCAGUAAACUGAACCUGAACGAAAGCAGCAGUCAGAGGUUGCUAUAGUUAUAGAGAUACUUAAUAAUAUUCCUGGUAUUAGCUGACUAACACCCAGUUUUAGCUUAAUUAAACACUCAGUCAAGUGGGGACCGCUAAGCUUAAAUAUUCAAAGCAGGUUAAAUUAAAGGGGGAGGACAAGGUUCUCGAGUGGCAUUACUAUAGAAACUGUAUUACAUAGAUGGAUUACAAACCCAUUUCUUAUAAACUCAUCAAUUAGUCAGCAACUUUGAUAUGCAGAGAAGAUGUCUGAACGCUGAAGUGUUUAAGUCUUACAACAAACACUAAGCAUAUUUCCUGACAACUAUGAUUACAUAGGAGGUCAUGAUGAACUGUAGGUCUGGGUUAUAAUCCAGAAUUACAUAUGCAUAACUAUAGUGUCAGAUUAUAUUAGGCUGUGUGUGGACUUUCUGUAUCAUAUUUUGUUACUUCAAGCAGCUGCACAUCGAAGUAAUAAUAACAUGUGAGCUGAGAUUUGAUACAGCACACACCCCUAGUGAAUAACAGGUGAAUAACUUGAUACCAACUGACCCAGGUUCUGUUUUGGGUUUAGGAGCUACUGUGCACUCAAAUGAUACAACAGAAAACAAAAUAGUCCUGCCUCUUUAACUGGUUAUGAUGAAUUAACAAUAACAGGUUUCGUAGCCAAGAUAGAAGCACUGGGGAAACCUGGCUGAAAUUCUCAACAGCUGUGUACAUGUGCAUCCCUGCCUGCCCCGCCCCCCUCCUGAGGAGGCUUCACAGCACAUUGCACAUGCCAGAAUAGGUUCCCUCUCGCCCUCGGCUCCUCUUACCUAAUUCCAGGAAAGUAAAUAGUCCAGCUUGACUACAACAGGACUCGUACAUGGGUCUCUGACCUGCCUACUGUCUCUGCCUCCUGUCUCUGUUUCCCGACGACAUGCCUCAUGCUUUCUUCCUUUAUAACCUGAGUAUAAUAGGAAGUCUUGCUGAUUUAAACUCACACACUUGCUUUAGUUGAUAUCUAACUGGUUGGGUUGAGAAUAGAAAAGCUGUGGUAUUCUGGUUACAAGCCCAGCUUUCAUCUGGAAUCAAAGAAGGACCCUCCUUGACCUUAGUGUGUGUCACACCUUUUGUUGAUGCAUUUUUCCUCCAUGCGGGGUUGAGGAUAUCCUCUGGGCUGUGCUGCUUGUAUCCCCUUUGUUUAAAUGCUGAAAAGGUGAGGGGACCAUUUCUGGACUUGCUCUAGUCUUUGGCUGAUUACUGCUUUAGGCCUGCCUGUGUUAGAUUGGAGAGAUAGCAAUCAUCUCCCAGUAAACAUCACAUGCAGAUGGGAGUCCGUUUUUCCAGCAGAGCCUUAACCAACGAGGGAUGGCUUUCUCGUGGGAUAGGCAUUGUUUAGAGCAGGAAGGAAAUCUAUGUUGAACAUAACCUAUAAGAGUCUUCUCUCUGUGAUGCUUUUGUCCCAUCAUUGAAUUCUUUCCUAUACAAGAUUUGUAAUUAUACUACAACAGGUAUGUUCUUAUGACACUGCAGCUUUGUGUAGAUCUAUGACACUUGUUUCCUGUGACAUCAUCUCCCCAACAACCCGCGCACACACUCACACACAACGCCCUUCUAGCAUAAUUCUAGAAGUAAUUUUCUGCUUAAGCCGAAAUGGCCUUCAUCAAAGGCAUACCUUUAGGUCCACUUAAAAUGUAAACUUGAAUGUUUUGCAGCAUUCGUUGCCUGAAGUUGUGCUAAAUGCUACACAAUAAUGUGGACAGGACAUUAGUAAUUAGUCAAGAUGAAGUAAACACAGCUUUUGCAUGCUCUGAGUAAAGCAUUUAAAGCAUUUUAAGUAUCUUCAUAAUUUUGUCAAACCUGCCAUUUGUACGGAACAGAAUAUCAUAAAAUUUUAUCUACCGUGCAACAUCCUCUCUAGACGUUUCAACAAUGCUCAUCCUGGUUCCAAAACCAAAUGCCUGAUGUAGGGCCAGUGUUCGGUUUUUACUCAAUCAUAAGAAUGAUAUUGGCUAUUGAUAAGUAGACCUAUUGCAUGCACAUUUUGUCAACUCACAAUCAAUGAAUGUGGCAUAUCAACCAUUGCAUAUCAUAAUACUGGACAUUAAAACCUCUUAAACGUUAAGUCCCCUAUUUAGGUUGGACCGGUUCCGAUAAACAUGUUUGUGUACAGAGUGCUCUGUGAACAGCACUACAUCAAUUUCUGUGCACUCCGUGACAGCUCUGGUUGUCCAGCUUUGCAUGCCUUUCUCCGCUCUCACCUGAGAUGCAGUAUGUGAAAUCAGACACCUCAUUAGCAAAGGGAGAGACAAGCCACAUUUUCUGGCCUAUCCAGACAAAGGAUCGAACUCCCCUGGCUGUGAACCUCGCAGCUCCGCUUACAAUAUGGCAUAUAAAAUGGGAGACUAGCGAUUGCAGCAAACGCUGUCUCAUCUCACUGUAAUGUUCUCAGAUGGAUUUAGAGCACUCAACAUGAAAAAAUACAAAAUUAUUUUGUAGAAUUGAAACAAGACCACUUUCUCUUGGUCACAAUGGGACGAAAUCACCUCGGGCUUAAAGCUGAAGUUGUAACGAGUCAGCAAGUAUUUGAAUGGCAUCUGUGUGUCACGCUGCAACUAGCUCUCACAGUCUCACAUCAGAAUUAGACGUUCAUCCAUCUUUCUCAACCAGCAAACUUUGAAGUUGUUGCAAACGUCACAUUUUGAAGUGUUUAAAGUUAAGUUUAGGCAUUAACUCCAAAUUGUUACGGUUAGGGUUUAGUUUAGGCAUUAACUCCGAAAUCUUAAGGUUAGGCAUUAAUUCUGAAUGGUUAAGGUAAGGGUUAAGGUUUGGGAUAGGCUUAAAGCACUAAAAUCUCAAAAACAACUUUCUAUCGCUGGAUUCAAACUUGCAACCUUUGGAAUCAGAGGCAUAUGCUUACGCCCAUCCACCAUCCCCGCCCACUAUUAUCCAAAACCGAACAUACUUGAAGCUAAUAGUGCUCACUAUUGCCCCUAGCGGCCUGUUUCCACUUAAUCUCAUUUUUACAUUUUAGUCAUUUAUCAGACGCUCUUAUCCAGAGCGACUUACAGGAGCAAUUAGGGUUAAGUGCCUUGCUCAAGGGCACAUUGACAGAUUUUUCACCUUGUUGGCUCAGGGAUUAGAACCAGCAACCUUUUGAUUACUGGCUCAACGCUCUUAACCACUAAGCUACCUGCCGCCCAAGCUAUCUCCCGACGUCCUCAGACAUGGAUGGACGUAAAAUAAAAUAAAAUGUUAUUGGUUGCAUACACAUAUUUAGCAGAUGUUAUUGCGGGUGUAGCGAAAUCCUUGUGUUCCUAGCUCCAACAGUGCAGUAGUAUCUAACAAUUCACAACAAUACACACAAAUCUAAAAGUAAAAGAAUGCAAUUAAGAAAUAUAUAAAUAUUAGGACGAGCAAUGUCGGAGUUUGUGAGGGUCUUAGGGGUCAAGACAAAUUUCUUCAGCCUCCUGAGGUUGAAGAGGAGCUGUUGCGCCUUCCUCACCACACUGUGUGUGUGGGUGGACCAUUUCAGAUUGUCAGUGAUGUGUACGCCAAGGAACUUGAAGCUUUUCACCUUCUCCAUUGCGGUCCCAUCGAUGUGGAUGGGUGCAUGCGCCCUCUGCUGUCUCCUGAUGUCCACGAUCAUCUCCUUUGUUUUGUUGACGUUGAGGGAGAGGUUAUUUUCGAUGCACAACUCCGCCAGGGCCCUCACCUCCUCCCUGUAGGCUGUCUCAUUAUUGUUGGUAAUCAUGCCUACUACUGUUGUGUCGUCUGCAAACUUGAUGAUUGAGUUGGAGGCUUGCAUGGCCACGCAGUCAUGGGUGAACAGGGAGUACAGGAGAGGACUGAGCAUGCACACUUGUGGGGCCUCUGUGUUGAGGAUCAGCAUGGCGGAUGUGUUGUUACCUACCCUUACCACCUGGGCGCGGCCCUUCAGGAAGUCCAGGAUCCAGUUGCAGAGGGAGGUGUUUAGUCCCAGUGUCCUUACCUUGGUGAUGAGCUUUGAGGGCACUAUGGUGUUGAACGCUGAGCUGUAGUCAAUGAAUAGCAUUCUCACAUAGGUGUUCCUUUUGUCCAGAUGUGAAAGGGCAGUGUGGAGUGCAAUAGAGAUUGCAUCAUCUGUGGAUCUGUUGGGGCGGUAUACAAAUUGGAGUGGGUCUUGGGUUUCUGGGAUAAUGGUGUUGAUGUGAGCCAUGACCAGCCUUUCAAAGCACUUCAUGGCUACAGACGUGAGUGCUACGGGUCGGUAGCCAUUUAGGCAGGUUACCUUAGUGUUCUUGGGCACAGGGACUAUGGUGGUCUGCUUGAACCAUGUUGGUAUUACAGACUCAGACAGGGAGAGGUUGAAAAUGUCAGUGAAUACACUUGCCAGUUGGUCAGCGCAUGCUCGGAGUACACGUCCUGGUAAUCCGUCUGGCCCUGCGGCCUUGUGAACGUUGACCUGUUUAAAGGUCUUACUCACAUUGGCUACAGAGAGCGUGAUCACACAGUCGUCCAGAACAGCUGAUGCUCUCAUGCAUGUUUCAGUGUUACUUGCCUCGAAGCAAGCAUAGAAGUAAUUUAGCUCAUCUGGUAGGCUCGUGUCACUGGGCAGCUUGCGGCUGUGCUUCCCUUUGUAGUCUGUAAUACUUUGCAAGUCCUGCCACAUCCGACGAGCAUCAGAACCGUGUAGUACGAUUCGAUCUUAGUCCUGUAUUGACGCUUUGCCUGUUUGAUGGUUCGUCGGAGGGCAUAGCGGGAUUUAUUAUAAACUUCCGGGUUAGAGUCCCGCUCCUUGAAAGAGGCAACUCUACCCUUUAGCUCAGUGCGGAUGUUGCCUCUAAUCCUUGUCUUCUGGUUGGGGUAUGUACGUACGGUCACUGUGGGGAUGACGUCCUCGAUGCACUUAUUGAUGAAGCCAGUGAUUGAUGUGGUGUACUCCUCAAUGCCAUCGGAAGAAUCCCAGAACAUAUUCCAGUCUGUGCUAUCAAAACAGUCCUGUAGCUUAGCAUCUGCUUCAUCUGACCACUUUUUUAUUGACCGAGUCACUGGUGCGUCCUGCUUUAGUUUUUGCUUGUAAGCAGGAAUCAGGAGGAUAUAAUUAUGGUCAGAUUUGCCAAAUGGAGGGCGAGGGAGAGCUUUGUACGCGUGUCUGUGUGUGGAGUAAAGGUGGUCUAGGUUUUCUUUUCCCUCUGGUUGCACAUUUAACAUACUGGUAGAAAUGAGGUAAAACAGAUUUAAGUCCCCGGCCACUAGGAGCGCCGCCUCUGGAUGAGCGUUUCCUGUUUGCUUAUGGCCGUAUUCAGGUAAUUGAGUGUGGUCUUAGUGCCAGCAUCUGUUUGUGGUGGUAAAUAGACAGCUACGAAGAAUAUAGAUGAAAACUCUCUUGGUAGAUAGAGUAUCUCAUGAUAAGCUGUAGACAACACUAUCUCAAGCGAGCAAAACCUUGAGACUUCCUUAGAUAUCGUGCACCAGAUGUUGUUUACAAAUAUACAUAGACCGCCACCCCUUGUCUUACCAGAGGCUGCUGUUCUAUCCUGCCGAUACAGUGUAUAACCCGCCAGCUGUAUGUUAUUCAUGUCUUUGUUCAGCCACGACUCGGUGAAACAUAAGAUAUUACAGUUUUUAAUGUCCCGUUGGUAGGAUAUAAGUGCUUGUAGUUCGUUCACUUUAUUAUCAAGCGAUUGUAAAUUGGCCAAUAGUAGUAGAUGGCAAAGGCAGAUUAGCCACUCGUCGCCGGCUCCAUACCAGGCACCCCGAUCUCCUUCCGCGAUAUCUCCUUUUCUUUCUACUGCAAAUGACGGGGAUGAGGGCCCUGUCGGGUGUCUGGAGCAAAUCCCUCUAGUCCGACUAAUUAAAGACAAAUUAUUCAAGGUGAGUAAUCGCUUUUCUGAUGUCCAGAAGCUCUUUUCGGUCAUAAGAGACGGUAGCAGCAACAUUAUGUACAAAAUAAGUUAGAAACAAUGCAAAAAAACACACAAAAUAGCACGGUUGGUUAAGAGUCCAUAAAACGGCAGCCAUCCCCUCCGGCGCCAUUUUAGUCAGUUGUCUUGAAAGCACUGAAGUGUGAGAUUUCCCAGUUCAGAGUUUCCAGUUGUUUUGAAUGCGGCAGAACUCAUGCUGGAUUGACAGCAUGGCCAAUGUAUUCAACCUUUUCUGGCCCAUGGUGUUGCGUGUGAAUGUUUAUCCGUUUAAGCUUGGAAAAGAGACCCUUUCAGACAGAUGUUUUAAAUCCUUAAACCCAGACUUGGACCACACACCCUCUCCACUGAAUAGCAGGCAGGGGAAGCAAUAUAGUGAUUGCUUUGUGACCUUGUAGUUAGCCAUUGAUUCCUUCUAAACCCUUCAUUGUUGAAUUUGCGAUUUCCGACUUGUUGCUGUUCACUGGACCUUAUGAUCACUCAGCUGCACAGCUGAUGCCUGCUGGACUGUUCCUUUACACAGUACCCUGUCCUGUUUAUCUGUUUAGCCUCAGACCAAACUUUCAUCGCCAUUACCAGUUGUUGUCUUAGCUAUCUCGAAUAACACCUGUGAUUGCUUUAUGCCUCUCUCCCAUGUCAAUAUGCCUUGCCUAUUGCUGUUCCAGUUAGUUCUUAUUAUACAAUUUCACUGUAGAGCCCCAAGUCCCUCUCAAACUGCCUCAAAUAGUUAUUUGUUCCACCCCCCCAUAUACGCGGAGACCGGCUCAAUCGGUGCCUCCAGUGAUGCUAUCUCUUUCAUUGUUACCCAAUGCUUAGGUUUACCUCCACUUUACUCAUAUCCUUCCAUAUCCUUGUCUGUACAUAAUUCCCUGAAUCUAUUCUACAACGCCCUGAAAUCUGCACCCUUUAUUCUCUGUACCCAACGCACUAGAAGGCCCUGCAGCCCCCAGUAUCACUCCUACUCCCCAGGAGCUAUCAUUUGUUGACUUCUGUAAACGUAAAAGCAUUGGUUUUUUGCAUGUUAACAUCAGAAGCCUCCUCCCUAAUUUGAGUUAUUCACUGCGUUAGCACACUCCGCCAACCCUGAUGUUCUAGCAGUGUCUGAAUCAGUGGCGGCUGGUGAAAAAUAUUCUCGGUGGGGCUGUGCCAUACUUUUUUUUUCCUGUAACCAUCGCGAUAUGUUUUAACACAAACUGCAGGACAGCAGUGCUCAGUGAAACAUUCAGUAAUUAUUUAAUGCCAAUAUUAAAAAGUUGAGGCAUUCUUACACAAAAACAUAUUACACAAACCCAAGCCUUUCAUUUGCAUUUAAAGUGAACUUUUCACCAUUGGUAGUAAACAGGCAACGCAACAGGCAUGCUGUCAGAACAGAGUGGAAAGUGGACAAUAACAUGAAAUUAUUAUAAAGUUUAUAGGAAAUCUUACACUGUAUAAAAGGAUGUAUAAUAUAGAAAUGGAUAUCAAGUGGAUGAACUCAAACCUUUGACUGGAAGAAUAGCAUACAGUAUUUUAUGAUCAUACUAAAUGUGACUAAUUGUUAAUGUGCUCCAGAACUGCAACAAUUAAUUGAUACAAAACAACAUAUAUACAGUAAUAUUAGCAAAGACACUAUUAAGACUUUCUAGAGUACCAUAUAUAACUGGAUUUUUUAUGCUAAGGUCAACUAUAUACAAAGAAACAUGCGGCCAGAGCUGCUCUGUGUGUGUGUGUCUGUCAUCUUAUUUGUACAGGAAUUUUGCCCGUCUGUCCUUCUGAGUGGCAAACCUCUCAAUGACCCUUUGAUUAAAGUCAGGAAUGUCCCUGACAAGUUUCUUCUCCAUGGAGAGCAUGGCCAGAGCGUUCAGGCGAUCCUGUGUCAUGCUGUUUCUCAGGAAGGUCUUGAUCCUUUUCAGUGUAGAGAAGCACCUUUCUGACUCAGCAGUUGUCAUGGGUGUGGUGAUGAGGAUCUUGAGGAGGCUGGCAGUCUCUGUGAAAGUGCUCUGAAGGUUGUUCUCCAUGAAGAACUGGUACAGGGGCACUGCACCACUACAAGCCUUGAACUCACUGUUCUCAUAGAUGAGGGACAGUUCGGUUUUGAGCUUGGCCUUGUUCAACAUGGGGUACGCCUCCACGGUUGUUUCAAGCGCUGUAUCGGGGAACUUCACACUGUGUUGUGGGAACAACUCUCCGUGCAAUAGUGUUGCGCUGAUGAGGUGCUGGGUGAAGGAGAACCUAUCUUUGGCAUGACUCAGGAUGGUAUCACAUACCUGUAAAAGAUACAUCAUCAGCUUUAAUUUGCAAUUAAGCUAUUUUGAUGCAAGUGAUCCUGACUGACACAUGCCUAUGUCCAACUCAAGUAUAUGAUUACCAAGGUGCUGAUUGUUCAGGGUUUUGGCUACAUACUACCAGGCCUGAAAAAAGUUCUAGGGGGAAACACUGACAAUUACAUCACAACUUACCUCUAUAGCCAACCUCUGUUGUUCUCCUGGUCCCAGCAUCCUCCGUCGCUUGAUGGGCUGUUGCUGCUCGUCAGAUGCGCUGUCCCCACACAAAGAGGGAAUUGAGGCCCUGGGUCCAAAAAAUAAAGUUUAAUUUGAUAACUUGCAAUCAGACUUCUUAACUCACUGUAAUUCCCCCUCAACACACAACCAGUGACUUUUAUAUAUAUAUAUAUAUAUAUAUAUAUAUAUAUAUAUAUAUAUAUAUAUAGACAGACAGACAGACAGACAGACAGACAGAUAGUGUGUAUAUACACACAAACUAUGUCUAGUAACUGCUUUUAACCUGUGAUGUACAUAAUUAACUGAUGUUAUUACGUUUUAAAGCCUUUUUCUAUUACAUUUGUGAGAGGGAUGCAACAUCAUUUUGUUCUGCUGUGCACUUAGCAAUAAAGUUAAUCUUCAAUAACAACUAGGCCUCUUCUAGAAAUUGACCUGGUGGACACCUGAAUAAUUAUUACAAACUGUGUAGUACUUUCCUGCAUUAUUAUCAACGUCUGAUUGUGUCUUCUCUUUCCUUUUAAAAUACUAAAACAAAUAUAAUUGUGACGGCUCUAUGAUAAUCACUCACUUUGAUGACCAGACACAUUUAGGCUUUUAAACUGUUGUAAGUGAACUAUUCAUCUUUCUAACAACAUCUUUAUCAGCCAAUAGUAAAUAUAGUUAUUUACCUGAUUGUUAGCAUGCUGUCUGUGAACCUCUGGACAAGUGCUUUAAUGAAGACAGGGUCGAUGUUCCUCUUCUGCAGCUGGCUGAAAAGCAUGUCCACAUUUGGCAUGAUCUUGUGGAACAGUGCCAGGAAAAAACAGAAAGCCUCGUCUUCGAGCAUCCUCACAAAGCCCCCCGCCUCUCUGACAGUCGGGGCAUCAAAGUUCCCAGAGUCUCUGAUGGUCUGGAAACACGUUAGGAGGUCAUCCCUGUACUCGUACACAGUGUUUACAGCGCGACUGUGGAAGUUCCACCGUGUUGUAGAGGCUCUGGGGAGUCUAUGCGCAACCACUUCGUCAAGCACGGUGGUUCGCUUGGGAGACCUGGAGAAGAAAGCAGAAAAUCCUGCAAGGUCGGAAAAGAAAGUGCCGAUCCUGGGGAUGCGUGAAGUAGCCUGCUGCAUGAUGAGGUUCAGCUGAUGUGCAUAGCAGUGGACGUAGUGCGCAUUUUCGUACACAUCCACUAUUUUACGCUGCACUCCGCCGGUGGCUCCCCUCAUCACACUUGCUCCGUCGUAAGCCUGGGCAAUAAGUUUGGCCUUUUGUCCAUGUGAGAGUAUGGUGCUGAGCCUCUCCAGCAGCGCUGUAGCGAUAAUGUCGGCGGCUGCGUUCUCGAUCAAAAUGAACUCGAAAAAACGCUCUUGGACGUUACUUUUAGCAUCGAUGUAGCGUAUCACAAGCACCAACUGGCAGUGGGUGGAAACGUCAGUCGUCUCGUCAGCUUGAAUGGCGAUAAAAUCAGCACUCUUUACUUCCUCCAGGAUGUAAUCCUUAAGCACUGACAGCAUACAGUCCAACAGCUCGUUCUGUAUCGUCUUUGACGUGCCCUUAAAAACGGUAGCUGUCUUCAGGUGCUCCUCCAGCACACUGUCGAGGGAGGCAACAAAAUCCACUAAGCCCCGGAAAAUGCCGGGGUUGUCCGAGGAGUCAGUCUCCUCGUGCCCACGCAAGGCCAACUCAAAAGCCCCACAGAACUUCACACAAUCGAUAAUUUUGGAUAGAAUGUGCCUGUUUUUAUCCACCUCCUCAUUGUGUUUCCUCACCGCAAUCCUGUGGCCGUCAUCCAGCUGCGUAGCAAUGUUCACCCUUCCUAAUACAGCUAGCUUUACAGAGUUGUCCAUGUGUGCCCUGGUGUUCUCAUGUUUCUUUACCUUCUCUGACAGGUGCUUCAUAUCCCUCACUCCGGUACCUGUCCAUGCUGAAUCUGACCCCGUUGUUUUAAAAAGCAAGCACGGAAAGCAAAAUAAAGCAUUAGCAUCAGUGCACCCAGCUAGCCAAGCCUUCCUGGUGUACCAGCUACGGGAGAAGCCGCGCAUAUACUGCUUCCCUUUCUCGCUAGCCUGCUGUCUGAUUGAGAGGUCAGGUUGAUCUGGGCCCAGCUCUUUCACCCGAACUUUCUCUGACAAAGUUCUCCUCUCAAACGGAUCUUGGAGGAGAGAUUUCACCGAGUUAGGGUUGGGUCUUGGAGGAGUAACGUUUGCGCUCGCCAUUGUCGUCUAGUAAAAAUGGCGCCACUGGAGCCCGGUCCUUAUUUUAUCAGGGGCGAGCUUGGGGCGAUAAAAUAAUCGCCCUCCUUGGAUUCGAUUUAAGAUCGCUGAUUGGCUACAUUUUAUGUCAUACAUUCAUAUCUUAAAUUAGCAAUUGGCUUAACUGCUACGUAGACCCGCCUCCUCGGGGCACUUUCUGUAUCGCCCAGAGCUGACGAGGCGUUUGACAGGCAGAGGAAAGGUUGCGAAUAUGAUUUUCUAUCAUAUCUUACACAUAUUACUGUGUGCAUUCCAUAUUUCAAACACACAAAUAUUGACAUACUGAUGUUUUUAUUAUUAUUAUUAUUUUUUUUUUUUUUUUUUUUUUUUUUUUUUAUCAUUUUAUUUAAGGGGGCGGCGCCCUAGCGCCCUCUAUCGGCCAGCCGCCACUGGUCUGAAUCCUGGCUUAGGAAGGCCACCAACUACAACAUCUUCCAUCUAGAUAGAACUGCCAAAGGGGUGGAGUUGCAAUCUACUGUAGAGAUAGCCUGCAGAGCUCUAUCAUAAUAUCUAGGUCUGUGCCCAAACAGUUUGAGCUCCUAGUUCUAAAAAUCCACCUUUCCAGAAAGUCUCUCACUGUUGCCGCUUGCUACAGACCCCCCUCAGCCCCGAGCUGUGCCCUGGACACCAUAUGUGAAUUGAUUGCCCCCCAUCUAUCCUCAGAGUUCGUAUUGGUGACCUAAACUUGGAUGUGCUUAACACCCCGGCCAUCCUACAAUCCAAACUAGAUGCCCUCAAUCUCACACAAAUUAUCAUGGAACCUACCAGGUACAUUUACAUUUUAGUCAUUUAGCAGACGCUCUUAUCCAGAGCGACUUACAGUUAGCACAUACAUUAUUUUAUCGAACCCACAACCCUGGUGUUGCAAACGCCAUGCUCUACCAACUGAGCUACAUCCCCUGCCAGCCAUUCCCUCCCCUACCCUGGACGACGCUGGGCCAAUUGUGCGCCGCCCCAUGGGUCUCCCGGUCGCGGCCGGCUACGACAGAGCCUGGAUUCGAACCAGGAUCUCUAGUGGCACAGCUAGCACUGCGAUGCAGUGCCUUAGACCACUGCGCCACUCGGGAGAAUAGGUACAAACCUAAAUCCGUAAACAUGGGCACCCUUAUAGAUAUCAUCCUGACUAACUUACCCUCUAAAUACACCUCCGCUGUCUUCAACCAGGAUCUCAGCGAUCGCUGCCUGGCCCAGGUACUCGUACACAGUGUUUACAGCGCGACUGUGGAAGUUCCACCGUGUUGUAGAGGCUCUGGGGAGUCUAUGCGCAACCACUUCGUCAAGCACGGUGGUUCGCUUGGGAGACCUGGAGAAGAAAGCAGAAAAUCCUGCAAGGUCGGAAAAGAAAGUGCCGAUCCUGGGGAUGCGUGAAGUAGCCUGCUGCAUGAUGAGGUUCAGCUGAUGUGCAUAGCAGUGGACGUAGUGCGCAUUUUCGUACACAUCCACUAUUUUACGCUGCACUCCGCCGGUGGCUCCCCUCAUCACACUUGCUCCGUCGUAAGCCUGGGCAAUAAGUUUGGCCUUUUGUCCAUGUGAGAGUAUGGUGCUGAGCCUCUCCAGCAGCGCUGUAGCGAUGGUGUCGGCGGUUGCGUUCUCGAUCAAAAUGAACUCGAAAAAACGCUCUUGGACGUUACUUUUAGCAUCGAUGUAGCGUAUCACAAGCACCAACUGGCAGUGGGUGGAAACGUCAGUCGUCUCGUCAGCUUGAAUGGCGAUAAAAUCAGCACUCUUUACUUCCUCCAGGAUGUAAUCCUUAAGCACUGACAGCAUACAGUCCAACAGCUCGUUCUGUAUCGUCUUUGACGUGCCCUUAAAAACGGUAGCUGUCUUCAGGUGCUCCUCCAGCACACUGUCGAGGGAGGCAACAAAAUCCACUAAGCGAUCGCUGCCUGGGCCAGGUCAUCAAAAUCAAAUAAAGGUUUAUUGGUUGGUUACACAGAUUUGCAGGUGUUAUAGCAGGUGCAGAGAAAUGCUUAUGUUACAUAGCUCCAACAGUAGAAUGGCUCGCAAAUACAAUACAAAUACACAAAUAAUCAAAAACCUAAACAGGAAAUCAAGAAAUGACAGAAUGAGUCCAAUUAACAAUCCAGGGGUAGAUAUAUUAGUGAGCAUGUGUCAGAAUCUAUGUAAGAGUGGUUGAUGUUGUUUUUUAAAUCACAACAUAUAUGUGUUUGGUGUGUUUGAAUCCAGAUAACUUAAUAUUUCGUACCUCUUUAUUUUUGUUUUACUAAUAGAGUCAGGAAACAACAACCCAAGACUGUCAUCACCUGAGGAUUUAGAGCGCCUCCACAGACAGCAGAACCUAGAGAACCAGAACCACCACUCUGAGCCGCGCUCCCUUAGCACUGUCCCCAGGAGGUAUACCAUCGGAGGGCAAGGGCCCCGCUGCGCCAGGGACCCCCUGACCGUGCAGCACGCUGACAUAGAGAGGAAGAAAGAGGCGUUCCUGGAGCACUUGAAGCAGAGGUAUCCUCACCAUGCUGCUGUCAUCAUGGGCCAUCAGGACCACCUCAGAGACCAUGUAAGUGAAACAAUUUUUAAAUAAUUUGUUGGUUCUAAUUUCCCUCCAUAAUGGGAUGCUAUACACUUGUAGGUUGGUGUUGUUAUUGUAAUGGUGUGAGUAGAAUUUAAAUAAUGUAGAACUGAAAGUAUUGGCAAUUAAAUUCGAUAGAUGCUAUUUCAUCAAUACAUUCAAUACAUGAAUUCAAUACUAUGGUGUCAUGUCGGGUGUGCCUGGCCUGGAAAAUAGCCUAAUGUAAAUCAUGGAAAUAGAGAAGUCAAUAAACAUUGUCAGUAAAACAGCAUUAAGAAUGGAAAAACGUCAGGAUUAGCCUAUGGUCCAGCCUACCUGAAAUAGCAGUCGCUCUGUCUGAAUGCAUAGCCUUUGCGGCGUCAGAGGGGAGGUGCCGUGCGCGCGCUUAUAAUAGAAGUGUGGACAUGCACUCGCCCAUGUAGUAAAAACAAACUUUGACUGUUCUGCAAGUUUGACAGGUAAGUCCAGAACAGCAUUUGGGCCACACCUGAUGUCGCUUCAAGUUCAAGGAGAGCACAUUUUACCAGCGAACGCCGUCUUGUUGUAGUCAUUGCGAAAGAAGCCUCCUGUUUUGUUCGGAAUUGAGUAGAAGGGCGCAUCGCACGCACCGCUCACAUUGAGCCAUUUAAAAUCAGCGUCGGAAUUUUAAAGAUGGAUUUUAUCGUUUCGGAUUGAGGCUUUGAUGUUUACGGGCUUUGAUAUUUACGUUCAGGUAAUCAUUGAAAGUACAUAAGACUACUUUACCUACUUUACCCCCAGUUGUGCAGUUACAGUAGGUAUAGUGCAGAUGUUGGUGGUUUGCAGAUAAAGGCUAGUGAUAACUUGUUGGUGGUUUGCAGAUAAACUUGUUCGAUAUGAGGAAAGCAGAUACGCACAAUAGCCUGCCCUACACACUUCCUAGUCAGAGUGUAGCCUAUGUUACCAGUAGAUCUAUUAUUUAGUUUUUUCCCCAUUUCAAUUUAGUCUAGUGCCUACACCCGAAGCACAUCAAUGUCUAUUUACAUUGAUUUACAUUUACAUUACAUUUAUGUCAUUUAGCAGACGCUCUUAUCCAGAGCGACUUACAAAUUGGUGCAUUCAAUUUAUGAUAGCCAGUGGGACAACCACUAUUUAUUUAAAAAAAUUGGGGGGGGGGUAGAAUAAUUACUUUUAUACUAUUCCAGGUAUUCCUUAAAGAGGUAGGGCUUCAAGUGUCUCCGGAAGGUGGUCAGUGACUCCGCUGUCCUGGCGUCGUGGGGGAGCUUGUUCCACCAUUGGGGUGCCAGAGCAGCAAAUAGCUUUGACUGGGCUGAGCGGGAACUGUGCUUCCGUAGAGGUAGAGGGGCUAGCAGGCCAGAGGUGGAUGAACGUAGUGCCCUCGUUUGGGUGUAGGGUCUGAUCAGAGCCUGAAGGUAAGGAGGUGCCGUUCCCCUCAUAGCUUCGUAGGCAAGCACCAUGGUCUUGUAGUAGAUGCAAGUCUCAACUGGAAGCCAGUGGAGUGUGCAGAGGAGCGGGGUGACAUGAGAGAACUUGGGAAGGUUGAACACCAGACGGGCUGCAGCGUUCUGGAUAAGUUGUAGGGGUUUAAUGGCAGGGAUCCCAGCCAACAGCGAGUUGCAGUAAUCCAGACGGGAGAUGACAAGUGCCUGGAUUAGGACCUGUGCCGCUUUCUGUGUAAGGUAGGGUCGUACUCUGCGAAUGUUGUAGAGCAUGAACCUGCAGGAUCGGGUCACCGCUUUGAUGUUAGCGGAGAACGACAGGGUGUUGUCCAGGGUCACGCCAAGGUUCUUUGCACUCUGGGAGGAGGACACAAUGGAAUUGUCAACCGUGAUGGCGAGAUCAUAGAGCGGGCAGUCCUUCCCCGGGAGGAAGAGCAGCUCCGUCUUGCCGAGGUUCAGCUUGAGGUGGUGAUCCGACAUCCACACUGAUACAGUGGGGAGAACAAGUAUUUGAUACACUGCUGAUUUUGCAGGUUUUCCUACUUACAAAGCAUGUAGAGGUCUGUAAUUUUUAUCAUAGGUACACUUCAACUGUGAGAGACGGAAUCUAAAACAAAAAUCCAGAAAAUGACAUUGUAUGAUCUUUAAGUAAUUAAUUUGCAUUUUAUUGCAUGACAUAAGUAUUUGAUACAUCAGAAAAGCAGAACUUAAUAUUUGGUACAUAAACCUUUGUUUGCAAUUACAGAGAUCAUACGUUUCCUGUAGGUCUUGACCAGGUUUGCACACACUGCAGCAGGGAUUUUGGCCCACACCUUCUCCAGAUCCUUCAGGUUUCGGGGCUGUCGCUGGGCAAUACGGACUUUCAGCUCCCUCCAAAGAUUUUCUAUUGGGUUCAGGCCUGGAGACUGGCUAGGCCACUCCAGGACCUUGAGAUGCAUCUUACGGAGCCACUCCUUAGUUGCCCUGGCUGUGUGUUUCGGGUCGUUGUCAUGCUGGAAGACCCAGCCACGACCCAUCUUCAAUGCUCUUACUGAGGGAAGGAGGUUGUUGGCCAAGAUCUCGAGAUACAUGGCCCCAUCCAUCCUCCCCUCAAUAAGGUGCAGUCGUCCUUUCCCCUUUGCAGAAAAGCAUCCCCAAAGAAUGAUGUUUCCACCUCCAUGCUUCACGGUUGGGAUGGUGUUCUUGGGGUUGUACUCAUCCUUCUUCUUCCUCCAAACACGGCGAGUGGAGUUUAGACCAAAAAGCUCUAUUUUUGUCUCAUCAGACCACAUGACCUUCUCCCAUUCCUCCUCUGGAUCAUCCAGAUGGUCAUUGGCAAACUUCAGACGGGCCUGGACAUGCGCUGGCUUGAGCAGGGGGACCUUGCGUGCGCUGCAGGAUUUUAAUCCAUGACUGCGUAGUGUGUUACUAAUGGUUUUCUUUGAGACUGUGGUCCCAGCUCUCUUCAGGUCAUUGACCAGGUCCUACCGUGUAGUUCUGGGCUGAUCCCCCACCUUCCUCAUCAUCAUUGAUGCCCCACGAGGUGAGAUCUUGCAUGGAGCCCCAGACCGAGGGUGAUUGACCGUCAUCUUGAACUUCUUCCAUUUUCUAAUAAUUGCGCCAACAGUUGUUGCCUUCUCACCAAGCUGCUUGCCUAUUGUCCUGUAGCCCAUCACCGCCUUGUGCAGGUCUACAAUUUUAUCCCUGAUGUCCUUACACAGCUCUCUGGUCUUGGCCAUUGUGGAGAGGUUGGAGUCUGUUUGAUUGAGUGUGUGGACAGGUGUCUUUUAUACAGGUAACGAGUUCAAACAGGUGCAGUUAAUACAGGUAAUGAGUGGAGAACAGGAGGGCUUCUUAAAGAAAAACUAACAGGUCUGUGAGAGCUGGAAUUCUUACUGGUUGGUAGGUGAUCAAAUACUUAUGUCAUGCAAUAAAAUGCAAAUUAAUUACUAAAAAAUCAUACAAUUUGAUUUUCUGAAUUUUUGUUUUAGAUUCCGUCUCUCACAGUUGAAGUGUACCUAUGAUAAAAAUUACAGACCUCUACAUGCUUUGUAAGUAGGAAAACCUGCAAAAUCGGCAGUGUCAAAUACUUGUUCUCCCCACUGUAUGUCUGCCAGACAUGUAGAGAUGCGAUUCGCCAACUGGUUAUCAGAAGGGGGAAAGGAGAAAAUGAAUUGUGUGUCGUCUGCGUAGCAAUGAUAGGAGAGACCAUGUGAGGAUAUGACAGAGCCAAGUGACAUGGUGUAUAGAGAGAAUAGGAGAGGGCCUAGAACUGAGCCCUGGGGGACACCAGUGGUGAGAGCACAUGGUGCGGAGACAGAUUCUCACCACGCCACCUGGUAGGAGCGACCUGUCAGGUAGGACGCAAUCCAAGAGUGAGCAGCGCCGGAGAUGCCCAACUCGGAGAGGGUGGAGAGGAGGAUCUGAUGAUUCACAGUAUCAAAGGCAGCAGAUAGGUCUAGAAGGAUAAGAGCAACGGAGAGCCUCCGUGACACUGAUUCUUAAUGUUUUGUACACUCAGUGUAUGUGUAUAUGUAUAGAGUUGCUAUAAAAUGUGUACAAUUGUUAUAAAAUGUUUCACUGUUUUGUAAUGGAAUGGUUUCAAUGACUUUAGGAGCAGUGUAACCAUAGCCCUCUUCUUAUGUAGUGAAGUCCACAUUGCUGUUGGAGUAAAAUGCUCAUCCACCCACCUGUUACCCAGUGUGAUCAUUCUAAUGGUCUGCAAUAAAAGGGAGGGGUUGAGGAUAAAACAUUUGUCAAUGUGUUCAAACACCUGGCAUCUCACCAGAUGGACCAUGGUCUGGUCUCUCUGGUCUCUGCCCAUGCAUCUGCCAGCAAUUAGAGGAGAUCAAAGUGGGACAUUUGAGCAAACUAAUGCUUGGCCCCAGCUUUCAUCCCUAGUGGGCUCACUGUGCUGUGUUCUCCCCUCACUUCACUAUUAGUAACACCUUGAACAGUGACAGUGCUACCUUAUGGUUGAGAGGUAUGCAAUUGUAGCUGGGGUCCAUAUUGGAUAGAUGGAUUCAGUGGUUUUGGGGGCACACCUAGAAGUGUUUUUGUUCUAAUAAAUUCUUGACAGGCUGGGUCCAUCUUGCUUUGAGAGGCUUGUAGCUGAACAAAGUGGAACUUUUGUUUUCACCCCUCAGAAAUGGCAAGGUCCUUCUAGAGGGGACUUUUUGCAAGCUUUUGCUAAUCAGAUUGGUGAAUCCCACUUUAGUGACGCUGGCUUAAACAUUUAGUAGCUACAAUGUGCUACGUUUACUUUGUUGCAUUAUUGUGCCAGCUUCAAACCGGAAUCACAGUUGUAAGCACUAUCACAAUGUGAACUGUAAUUACACUGUAGUUACACUGUACCUGUCUGUAAAUAUUAUGUGUAGUACAUGGUUUUAUUCCCACUUACUAAACAAUGGGACAGUCCUUUUUGUUUCAUAGCCAAGUUAAAACUCCAGUGUAGGAGUCUGUAAAGUAUUGGACUUGUAGGUGCCUUAAACUCCAGCACAGGUAGAUUCUCUAGCUGGCCUAAUCUUCAAACGCAUUAUAAGCACAAAUAUGCUGAACAUAUUUUCUUCAAGAUGAAGUAAAUUUAUUGGGAAAGAAUAACCAGAUGUAACCAGUAUGUUUUCUAACCAGUAGCCACACUUGAAGUUAUCAGAGGCCUUUCAGAGUACAUUUGAAUAACUAAACAAAUUAUUUGCUCUGAGCUCAAAUUUGCUCUCAUGUUUUACUAUUAGUGGUAAGACCUUGCCAUUAUGGGACAGAAAGGAGAGACCAAUACUAUGUUGAUAGAGAAUAAACAUGAGGCAAAAUGUACGUAGUGUUAUUCCAUGUUCAUUGUUCUUAUGGUAAUGUGGAUAUCUUUACUGGAUAUCUUUAUGAGUAUAGAGAUAACAAACCGUGUCAAAAAAGACAUGUUCAAACAAGGCUUAUGUUGACAAAGACAUAGAAUAGUUGUGUUGUAGAUGCAGAGUUGAACCGAAUCUGAGUAAACAUUGAAACAAAGCAUGUGUACUAAUACUAGGCUAUACUGUAUACAGUGCUGUGAAAAUUUAUUUUCCCCCUUUCUGAUUAUCUCUAUUUGUGCAUAUUGUUGACACUGAAUGUUAUCAGAUCUUCAACCAAAACCUAAUAUUAGAUAAAGGGAACCUGAGUGACCAAAUAACACAAAAAUGUGAUACUUAUUUCAUUUAUUUAAUGAACAAAGUUAAGCAACACCCAAUGCCCCUGUGUGAAAAAGUAUUUGCCCCCUUACACUCAAUAACUGGUUGUAAUGACUGCAACCAAACGCUUCCUGUAGUUGUUGAUCAGUCUCUCAAAUUGCUGUGGAGGAAUUUUGGCCCACUCCUCCAUGCAGAUCUGCUUUAACUCAGCGACGUUUGUGGGUUUUCGAGCAUGAACUGCUCGUUUCAGGUCCUGCCACAACAUCUCAACCGGGUUUAGGUCUGGACUUUGUCUAGGCCAUUAAAAAACGUUACAUUUGUUGCUUUUCACCCAUUCUGAUGUAGACUUGCUUUUGUGUUUUGGACCAUUGUCUUGCUGCAUGACCCAGCUGCGCUUUAGCUUUAGGAUGGCCUGACAUUCUCCUGUAGAAUUCUCUGAUACAGAGCAGAAUUCAUGGUUCCUUCAAUGAUGGCAAGUUGUCCAGGUCCUGAGGCAGCAAAGCAUCACAAUACCACCACUAUGCUUGACCGUUGGUAUUAGGUUCUUACUGUGGAAUGCAGUGUUAGGUUAUCGCCAGACUUGGCGGGACCCAAAAUUCCACUUUUGACUCAUCUGUCCAUAUAACAUUCUUCCAGGAGUGUUGACGACCAUUCAGGUGCUUCCAGGUGCUUUUUUACAAACUUGAGUCUACUUUUUGAAUGGCAUGGGUCCUGUUAUGUCGGGUGAAAACCAAACACUGCAUUCCACAGUAAGAACCUCAUACCAACAGUCAAGCAUGGUGGUGGUAUUGUGAUGGUUUGGGGAUGCUUUGCUGCCUCAGGACCUGAACAAAUUCUGCUCGGUAUCAGAUAAUUUUAAAGGAGAAUGUCAGGCCAUCCGUCUGUGAACUGAAGCUGAAGUGCAACUGGGUCAUGGAUGAAAAGCAACAAAUGUAAAGUUUUGGAAUGGCCUAGUCAAAGUCCAGACCUAAACCCGAUUGAGAUGUUGUGGCGGGACCUGAAACGAGCAGUUCAUGCUCGAAAACCCCAAAAUGUCACUGAGUUAAAGCACAUCUGCAUGGAAGAGUGGGCCAAAAUUCCUCCACAGUGAUGCGAGAGACUGAUCAACAACUACAGGAAGCGUUUGGUUGCAGUCAUUGCAGCUAAAGGUGGCACAACCAGUUAUUGAGUAUAACGGGGCAAUUACUUUUUCACACAGGGGCAUUGGGUGUUGCAUAACUUUGUUAAUUAAAUAAAUGAAAUAAGUAUAAUAUUAUUUUGUUAUUUGGAAACUCCGGUUCCCUUUAUCUAAUAUUAGGUUUUGGUUGAAGAUCUGAAACAUUCAGUGUAAAAAAAAAAAGACAAUCAGAAAGGGGGCAAAUACUUUUUAAUGGCACUGUAUGUAGAUUUCAUAUAUUCAACUUAUUUCCUGUGCAUCAAAUAAUGUAAUGAUAAUUAUGCUAGUCAAAGUGAAGUGGACAGGGCACUCUGAUCCAUAGAGCUGCCUGAGGUGGUUAUUCACCAGUGUGUCACCAUAGCCCAGUCAGUGCCAAGCUUAAAAUGUAAAUGCAGUGAGUGACUCAGUGUGUGUGUGUGUUUGUGUCAGGUUGCAGAUGUCCCCAAAAGUCCCCCUACAGACGCAGGAUGCAUCAGGGACACAUUCACAUCACACGUGAUUGAUUGUGCACAAAAUGGUAGCAAAAUCAUCUGGUUUUGUUUUCAUUUUGAAGGGUUGUUGGUGGCUUAUGAUGAACUCAAUCAGGUCCCUUCUUUUGGAGACAUGAAACAUAUGGGUCAUUGCCAAACACACAGAACCAGUCCAUUAUAUCAGUUUUUUUUUGCGAGAAUGACACAUUUGUAUUGACUUAAAGACUAUUACUGUGUGCGUGUGUGCAUGUUUCACAGUCAUGCAGUGGAAGUAGAUGUUACUUAAGGUUGAAUACACCGCAUCCAUGACUACAGGACUUUAGUGAGCGUGUGUUGGUGACAGUUUCUAAAUUUUUGUCUCUCCUUCUGCCUAUCUAGAUUAGGAGCCCCCAGCACUCUGCCAGCCUCCCACCCAGUGUAGGGGAGCAGCUGGAGCACCUCUCUGUGGCCUCUCUGGAGUCUCUGGAGACCAUGUCGGAGGGAGACGGCCCUUCUGCCUUCACCCGGGGCUGCCGGGAACGGUCCAGCCUGCCGGUGGUCCACUCUGCCUACCAGACCAGGGACAGAUCACUAGGUAGGUACUAUGGAGCUGUCAGGGGUUUUCUUUCUUGCAUGUUCUGUGUCACACAGGCUCUAAGUGUGUGAUCACAUGCCUUCUCUAUCACUCAAGUUCUCACACGAUCUCUCUCCUUGAGCACUCACACGUUUUCUCUUUCACUCCCUGUCGCUGUCCCCUCUCUUUCUCUCUCUCUCUCUGUACUGGUGUUGUUACAAACAAGUGCCCUCCUCCUACACCUCUCCAGGUGUGCUCUACCUGCAGUAUGCAGAGGAGACCAAGCAGAUCCAGAUGCCCAAUGAACUCACUAGUGGAGACACCAUCCGGGCUCUGUUUGUGAGUGCCUUCCCCCAGCAGCUCACCAUGAAGAUGCUGGAGUCUCCCAGUGUGGCUGUCUACAUCAAGGAUGACACAAGAAACAUGUACUACGAGCUAACUGAUGUUAGGUGAGUUCAUCUAGCUACAUUUGUGACUUUACUUCCUGUUGUGCUUUUUUUAAUGACUUUUCCCCUCCAAUAAGCAUGUUAUGCUAGUCUAUAGUGCAAUACUGUACAAGAUUACAGGGUACAGUAAUAUGAUACUACCUAAUGCUACGGUAUGCUGGGGUUGGGCAAAAAAGGGAUUGUCAAGCUUUGUGUACAGCACCAUGUAUACUACUAUAUAGUAAUACAAGUAUAACACUGCUUUGUGUUUUCUAAAUCCAGAUUUUCUCAAUAAAUUAUGUCUCAUCUAUGCUGUUAAAGCAAUCCAUCUUUUAGUAUGGAUCUUCAAAUUACAGGGGAGGCUUGCAAGUCAUUUUGUCUCUACUUUGGCAUUUCAGUGUCCAAAGUGUCACAUUAAUAAUACUCCACCUCCUGCUCUUUCAGUUUAGGCAGGGAGGCAUUAAAUGUGGUAUUGUUGAGGCAACAAGAGAGGAGGCCCAUGUCUGAGCGUGUGCUGCUGAUAACAGGGUGUCUGUCUUAACCACACCCUAAUAUGCACAGACACUCCUCUACAGUAGACUGAUGAAUAUAGUACCGGGAGGGUUUCCAAUUAUACAGUGGAGUGGAGUUCACUGUUAUGCUGUUAGAUGUCGACAACCUGUGUUUACUUCAACCAGUGUAACUUUGGACAUGUUUGUCUUCUUUCCAGAAAUAUCACACCUCACUGCUGUCUGAAGGUGUACCACAAAGACCCUGCACACGCCUUCAAUCGCAGCAACACAAGGCCCAACAAUGCUGACGGCAGGGUGAGUGAAGCCUGAGCCCGCAUGGCAACACGGCCAAGCACACAAACUCCCCUAAGUCCCCUAAAUCUAGUUGUCUAGUGCAAUACCUUUGACAUCAAGAAAGCUUCCGCUCCUAAAUCCCUAACCAGGGGCCAGUGGUGGAAAAAGUACCCAAUUGUCAUACUUUAGUAAAAGUAAAGAUACCUUAAUAGAAAAUGACUCAAGUAAAAGUAAAAGUCAACUAGUAAAAUACUACUUGAGUAAAAGUCAAAAAAUAUUGGUUUUAAAUAUUCUUAAGUAUCAAAAGUAAAUAUAAUUGCUAAAAUAUACUUAAGUAUCAAAAGUAAAAAAUAUAAAUCAUUUCAAAUUCCUUAUAUUAAGCAAAUCAGAUGGCACCAUUUUCUUUUUUUAAAUGUAUGGAUAGCCAGAGGGGACACUCCAACACUCAGACAUCAUUUACAAACGAAGCGUGUGUUUAAACACACGCAGAGGUAGUAGGGUUGACCAGGGAUGUUCUCUUGAUAAGUGCAUGAAUUUGACUAUUUUCCUGUCCUUCUAAGUAUUCAAAAAAAAAAAAAUGUUGGGUGUCAGGGAAAAUGUAUGUAGUAAACAGUACAUACAUUUAUAUAGGAAUGUAUUGAAGUAAAAGUUGUCAGAAAUAUAAAUAGUAAAGUACAGAUACCCCCAAAAAACUACUUAAGUAGUACUUUAAAGUAGUUCUACUUAAGUACUUUACACCACUGCCAGGGGCCCUUAGCUCAUCAUUCUGAGACACACACAGGGAUAAAAGCAGCCUUGUGUAUUCUCGACUGUAGCAGAAGCAGGACAAGAAGCAGGGUUUUUCUUCUGUGUUUGGGUAUACCCUAAUAAGCAGUUAUGAUGCCCCCCUGCAUUGGUUUCCUGCUGAUGUUGAGAUUCCUAGUCAGAGGAACCAAUAUCUCGUGAACCUCUAGAAUCCACUGGGCAGACGAGCAUGAUUCAAUUGGAUCCUUUUUAGGAAAUGUCAGUCUUUUUACUAUUCGCUUUUCGUUUUACUCUGAGGUAACAAGAUCAAGCUUUUUGUUUUCAUGAGCUCCUCUCUCAUAUGACAGGAAUUCCCUGUAGUACCAGUCAGUAUACCAUGAUCCUGAUAAUAUGAUAAACUCUCUCUUCUCAUAACUGUCUUUUUUCCAAUAAUCACAUUAGCCAUGUUAUAGGAUCACUAUAUUGGACUGAAUUGAAAUCAUGCUACAUGCCACUAAUGUACUACUGACUGUAUGUUGAUCCUUUCGAGGCAAGCUCCCAUUCUGGAUUAGAAAUGACAAGUAUUUACAGUGAAAUCUUCUGUACUUCUAUUACAGCAACAAACUGUCUAUGAAAUAGUUACGUUAGGAUAUUAUUGACCGCCACUGAGUUAGUUCAUGUCAUAUAGAAAGAAAGCCAGAGGACAGUAAUACCGUAGCCACUGAAGAUGUGUCUCAACAAACUGUUGAAAGUCAUAUGAUAUUGUAUCUUGUUUCUUUCUCCAGAUAGUGGCUGUCUACAAUAUAGUGACAUAGUCCAUAUAUAAAGCUGUGUUUGGAUAUGUCUGACAAAGUGUAAUGACUGUAGCAGCCUGUGUUGUUCAUAUCCUGCUGCCUUACACACUGGCAUGUUUGCAUCAUAUUUCUCAGCAGCUGUCAGGGACUGGGCACUGGAUGGGGCCGUAGAGGCUUGAGAAGAGUGUCUCUUUUCCAGCUAUCAGCUUUAUCACGGAGCCAGGGUGCCAUGAGGGAUUGUGAGGCAUGUAAUCCUACUGGGAAAGAGCUCAAAUUCCUUCGGUGGGUGUUGUUCUCAGCCCAUUGUGUUGUGGUCUGAGGAGAAGUAAUGCCUAGGGAUCCGAGGUCCUGUUGCUCUGGAAACCAGAGCGUCCUGUUAGAUUGACGGAUAGACGUACCGUGUCGAACCUUGUGUUGCAACACCAGAGGAAGAGCCUGCCUGACCAUCCGCAGAUUGAUCCUCCGAUCUACAUUUUACAUUUACAUUUACGUCAUUUAGCAGACGCUCUUAUCCAGAGCGACUUACAAAUAGAUCUACUUGAUUUAACCCGCACCUUAAAUCAGACUCACCUCACUGUAAGAUCAGAGUAUUUAUGUGAGGUUAGUAGUAGUGCAGAUCUUCCUCUCCACUGAGCGAUCACUUCAGAUGCACUAAUAGACAGAGUCCAUUAGGCCCGUGGAUGAAGGAUGAUACCAUUUUUGCACUGGUCUGGAAUGCAUCGCAGCAUGAAAAUUUGGCUUUGUUUAAGUUUAUUACUGUACCCACUGGUGGUCAGCCCAGCAUGUUGUUCCAUAGAUGGAGUUUCGCCAUGUGUUUUGGGGUAUGAGCAGAGAACAUUGAUAAUGCCUUGCUCUAAAAAUAGUUCCUGUUUGAGGCACUCCUGUUGUUUUUUCACAGGUUGAGAAAAGGUUAAUGGGGGAAAACAAGAUACAAAAUAUUUCCAUUGUAGCAGGCCUACAGUCUUAGAAAAAAAGGUGCUAUCUAGAACCUAAAAGGGUUUUUCGGCUGUCCCCAUAGGAGAACACUUUGAAGAACCCAUUUUAGUUCCAGGUAGAACCCUUUUGGUUCCAGGUAGAACCCUUUUGAGUUCCAUGUAGAACCCUUUCCACAGAGGGUUCUACAUAGAACCCAAAAUAGUUCUACCUGGAACCAAAAACGGUUAUCCUAUGGGGACAGUCGAAGAACCCAUUUGGAACCCUUUGUUCUAAGACUGUAUGUUAAAUGUCUACGUAUGUCUGCUUUGUUGUGGAAAUAUUGUGGUAUCAAUGUUAAGCUCAAAAGGCCAUGAAGAUAAUUCUGCUAUAAUUAUGCACAAAAUACUAUAACUAUAGCAAACAUAGCAGAUGGCAUGUUGUGUAUGAACGAGCUGCUCUCUUAUUUGCAUAAAAAAUACAGUCGGUUUAAUACUCUAUUUCACUUUAUUCACAGUCGUUGUGAAUUAGGUCACCUGUUUGACUCUAGGGUUAAUACUAGAAUAUUCAAAUUGCAUUUAUAUCUGUCAUGACACGCCACCUUAUGAAGAGUGAAUAAACAAUCCCUAUGAAAAAGCAGAAAGCCAAGUUCGCUCACUCCCCUCUUGCAUCAUGCAACCGUUCUAGAACUCUCUUAUCAUUUUUUUACAUUUACAUUUUAGUCAUUUAGCAGACGCUCUUAUCCAGAGCGACUUACAGUUAGUGAAUACAUAUAUUAUUAUUUUUUAUACUGGCCCCCCGUGGGGUAUGUUAAAAUCUGCUGAACUGCUGAAGGUAAAGCAUUUAGCACGAAGACUAGGAAGAGUAUGAGUACUAUAAGAAGUAUAUUCUUGAGAAUACAGUCAACUAUUAGGCUACUGUACUUUUGCUUAGAUUUGCUACAGUACAUGAUCUGAAGUGUAUGUACACUCUUAGAAAAAAAGGUGCUAUCUAGAACCUAAAAAGGUUUUUCGGCUGUCCUCAUAGGAGAACCCUUUGAAUAACAAUUUUUGGUUCCAGGUAGAACCCUUUUGGUUCCAGGUAGAACCCUUUCCACAGAGGGUUCUAUAUACAUGGAACCCAAAAGAGUUCUCCCUGGAACCGAAAAGGGUUCUACCUGGAACCACAUUUUUUUAUCCUAUUGGGACACCCGAAGAACCCUUUUGAAACCCUUUUUUCUAAUAGUUAAAAAAAAAAAAUAUUCCUCAAUUAUUAGCCUACAUUUGCUUAGAUUAGCUGCAGUACAGUGAUAUGCACAGGGCUCUACAGUGCAACCAUUUUACUGGCAUAUAAUAGCUGUGCAACCUGGAAUUUUUAUAAAGAAAUCACCCAGAUGAUAAUUGUUGCAGUGAUUACUUCACUGUACCGCAGCCCCUGAGAGCCAGGGAGAAGACACAGAGCGCAGAUUCAUGAUUGUCAUGCUUGCACCAUUACUACAAAGAAAACAGCUUGUUACCUACAUUUCUUUGUGUGCUUUUACAUUUUUCAACUUUGGCACACACUUGCUCCUUGUAAAAAAGGUCUGUUUUACACAUCAACAAACUGCUUGAUUCAUGGACUGUUUUACAGAAUCGUGUCAAGUCAAUUUUAUGUGACAGUAUGAUGUAAACAAUCUUUUGGAUUGUUGUUGUGAAAAGGUUCUAAAGUGAAUACAGACAAAGAUGCAGAUCAGGGAGAAUUAUGUGUCAAUGCAAUGGUAAUGUUGGGAGUUACUCAUACUGCAUAUUGAUCUUGUCCUGCACUCUGCAUGGUGAGGCAUGACCGUGCAGCAAAGACAGUGUUGUUUAGCUGUGGUACCAUUCAACCUUUGUGGAUGUGGUUUUCCUCUCUGUUUCUAUCAGACUUUGUGUAUGGCCUUUGUCAAAACAGAUGCUUAUUCUGUCUACAAUUGGACAUUUUGAAAGCAAUAUUUUGACAUGUAUGACAGUCAGGGACAACAGAAUAUGUUUUUAUAGAUUUAAUGUUGAGGACACAGACACCGCUAACCUAAUAACUGAGAGUCUCUCUGCAUAGCUCAUUAAGUUUUGUAGUAGCAUUAUUUUCUAGUCUCUUUCCUUUGACUUUAAGACUAUAUGUUCUCUGAAUUUCCUCCUGUCUACAGAUACCAAGGGAGAUACGGUAUGGAAGUCAUAGCCCUGUCCACACUUUACAAUCCACCCGCAGUCCUGUCCACGCCAUUCAGGGGUCCAUGUCUCCCCCCACGGUCCGCUCCAUGCCCUCCUCCCCCUCCAGGAUCCCCUAUGGCCACCGGGCUGGGGGAGGGGUGCCAGGCAGUGCCACCCUCCCCAGGGCCGGCAUGUCCUGCGGGCCACCCAGCAGGUCCGUUACCCCCUGCCCCAGUGCCAUCCUGGAGAGAAGAGACGUCAAACCUGAUGAGGACCUGAGCAGUAAGAGUAUGGCACUGGUGCGUGCCGACAAGCUGUAUGUCAACGUCACUGACCCCUACGCUGUCCAGGAGGGCCGGCUGAGUAUCGCCUCCUCACAGGGGAGCAGCCACAUGGGGGACGUGGUCGACAUGGGUGGUGGUAGCCUCCACCGGGCCUCGGUCAAGUCCACAGCCUCCUAUACAGAGAACCCGGAGCAGCAGCACUCCCUCUACAGGCAGAAGUCCCGGAGGUACGGGGAAAGCCAGGGACUACCGCCGUUCGGCACCAAAACCCCACCACCUUCCCCUCUAAGAGUGAAUGAGGUCAGGAGGAUUGACAACCACGGCCCUGUGGCCCCGGAGAGAGGGUCUCCUAUUCGCCGGUCCCUGCGGAGGGAGAGUAAUGGUAAUACUGUGGAGGUGGUGAACAGGACCAGGGGUAGUGUGUCCUCUGUGUCCUCCUCUCCUGUUUUCCUGGAGUUCCCCCCAGGGCACCAUGGGGACAAAUUGUUGCAGGGUCACCUCACCCCCAAUGACCCUCAGACCAGGUGAGACAAAUAACAGAGAGCAAGGCUGGGCAGUCUGAGGCUAACUACCACUUGAAUUUUGAAUUUUGGGUUUUAUUUUGGGUCCCCUGUAGCUCAGUUGGUAGAGCAUGGCGCUUGCAACACCAGGGUUGUGGGUUCGUUUCCCACGGGGGGCCAGUAUGAAAAAUGUAUGCACUCACUAACUGUAAAUCGUUCUGGAUGAGAGUGUCUGCUAAAUGACUCAAAUGUAAAUGUAAUGAACUACAUACCACAGUACUACAUAACACAAUAUUGUUAUACACUACAUAGCACUGUAUUGUGAACUACAUGGCACAGUAUUAUGAAUUACAUAGUGCUGUAUUGUGAACUACACAGCACAGUAUUAUGAACUACAUAGCUCAGUAUUGUGAAGUAAAUAGCGCUGUAUUGUAAACUACAUAGCACAGUAUUAUGAACUAUAUAGCACAGUAACACAGUAUUAUGAACUACAUAGCACAGUAUUAUGAACUAUAUAGCACAGUAUUGUGGACUCCAUAGCACAUUAUUGUUUUGGGCCAAACGUAUUGUUUUUUGCAGUGAGCGAAUGAAGGCCAUGGAACAACAGAUCGCCAGUCUUGCUGGCCUUGUUCAGCAUGCACUUGCUAUUGGGCCAGCUGAGAGAGAUGGAAGGACUGCUUCUCCUUUCCAUGUAAACAACAGUGCAGGUAACUGUUAUUACACAACUGUAUUAGUGGUACAAAGUCAAAUUUGUAUUAGUUUUUGAUGGUUCCAUACAUGGAUAUUGAAAGUUAUGUUGUAUCUGCCCUAUUUUAUCCCACAUUACAGUAACUCAUAGAGUUGUGUCUAACUGAUCUGAUGUGUAGGAGUGUCACCAGUUCCUGCAGCCAGAAGCCCUGCCCUCCUGGCAGAUGCCUCCUGUGCUCGAGUCUCUCAGGCCCCUCCCCCUGACCCCACCCUGCAGGUCACACUGACCACGGUCAGGAGGAAUGUCACUGAUCUCCGACAGCAGCUGCACCAACUCAGACAGCUACAGGUAGUCAAGCCACCUGCUCAUUACAUUCAUCCGUUAUCUGCAUAGAUACAAUGAACAGGUAACUCUGCCAAAAUAAAGGAAACGCCAAAAUAAAGUGCCUUGAUAGGGCGUUGGGCCACCACGAGCAAGAACAACUUCAAUGCACCUUGGCAUAGAUUCUACAAGUGUCUGGAACUUUAUUGGAGGGAUUUGACACCAUUAUUCAAUUUUUCCACCAUAAUUUGGUAUUUUGUUGAUGGUGGUGGAAAUCGCUGUCUCAGGCGCCACUCCAGAAUCUCCCAUAAGUGUUCAGUUGGUUUGAAAUCUAGUGACUUAGAGCCCCGUGGCAUAUGGUUAACAUAAUUUUCAUGCUCAUCAAACCAUUCAGUGACCACUGGUGCCCUGUGGAUGGGGGCCUUGUCAUCCUAUGGGGGCAUAGCCAUGGUAGCCAAAAUAAUGGCCUGCCCAGCAUUUGUAUACAUGACCCUAAGCAUGAUGGGAUGUUAAUUGCUUAAUUAUCUCAGGAACCACACCUGUUUGGAAGAACCUGCUUUCAAUAUACUUUCUAUCCCUCGUGUACUCAAGUGUUUCCAUUAUUUUGUCAGUUACCUGUACACGUACACAGUAUAUUUUUAUGAGGUGUGUGGUUGUAUGUGAUCAACAGCUUUGGGUACUCAAGGCACACAUCACGAUCAUCCAAAUCUGCAUAUAUACAGUAUAUCUUAAUUAGGUUUUUAUGUCGUCCUCCAAAAAACGAAUUCAGCCAUUACAUUCAUCACAUUCAUCCAUCACAUAGCUGUAUAUUAGCCAUUAGAUAGACUGUUUGUAAUACCACCGAGAGUCCUGAGACCAGUGUGUGUGAUGAUCCAUCCACAGAUGCAGAAUCAGGACAGUGUGAGGGUGAUACUGAAGAGAGCGGAGCAGGAGCUGGCUGGGGUGAUGUCUGAGACCCUACAGAGACAGCAGCAUGAGACAGAGCCUGCCCAGAGACAGAGGACCACAGUGGAUGAGGAGAGACACAAGUACCUGGCAAUGGAGGAGAGAGUACUGGCCCAGCUCAGGUAAGGGUUUGGAAGUAUUGUAGAGACCCACAAACUGAUUGACAGGAUAGAUGUUUAAUGAGGGCAUUGACUUUCUUUUGCCUAUUUUACUUUUGUACACUCAUUGGUGCUUGUCAAAUAAUAGUAAAGAAUAUGAUCUUAGUUUCAGGUUAUUAGGAUACACAUGGUAUACACAGUCCAAUGAAUUGUUUACUUGCAUACUUAAUUAAGUAUUAUGAUCUUAAGGCAUCGGAUUAGAAUUCUAAUUCGAUGUGCUAUGGUAGCCUUUCAACAUUCACAAUUUAAACAAUAAACAGUAAUCAGACGAUAGCAAUCCGCUCCAGAUGCCAUAUUAGUUUUUUUAUGUGCCUAAACUGCAGCUGCUGAAACUAACUGCGUGAACUAACUGCGUGAUCUCAUGUUGGAAUGUGAAGUAAUAUAAUUACGCAAUUAGGUUCAGCUAAAGUGGGAUUAAUUAAUCAACUGGGAUUAUGCAAUCGGAACAGAUUCCAGUGAUAUAUUAAAUGUUACGCAACAAUGAGUCAUCCUCCUGUAGCUCCUCCCACCAGCCUCCUCUGACCAGUAUGUGGUACAUACAGUAUCCCAGCUAUGGAAUGAGUCAUUGGCGUUCUGCCAAAAAUGGAUAGUAAUGUUGCACAAUGUUUAAAUAUGCUAAUGAGGCUGUUUAGUGUGUGAUCUAUGGGGACUGUGUUAUAUACUGUGAUAGGAGAGAAAUGUAAUGGAGUCAAAGCAAAUGUCUUACUUUACUAUUGUCAGCUCAUUGGGCCAAAUUAAUCUUGGAAAUAGGCUCACUGGGGGGGUUAGAAAAUAUGUGUAUAUAUACAGUGAGGGGAAAAAAAGUAUUUGAUCCCCUGCUGAUUUUGUACGUUUGCCCACUGACAAAGAAAUGAUCAGUCUAUAAUUUUAAUGGUAGGUUUAUUUGAACAGUGAGAGACAGAAUAACAACAAAAAAAUCCAGAAAAACACGUCAAAAAUGUUAUAAAUUGAUUUGCAUUUUAAUGAGGGAAAUAAGUAUUUGACCCCCUCUCAAUCAGAAAGAUUUCUGGCUCCCAGGUGUCUUUUAUACAGGUAACGAGCUGAGAUUAGGAGCACACUCUUAAAGGGAGUGCUCCUAAUCUCAGUUUGUUACCUGUAUAAAAGACACCUGUCCACAGAAGCAAUCAAUCAAUCAGAUUCCAAACUCUCCACUAUGGCCAAGACCAAAGAGCUCUCCAAGGAUGUCAGGGACAAGAUUGUAGACCUACACAAGGCUCGAAUGGGCUACAAGACCAUCGCCAAGCAGCUUGGUGAGAAGGUGACUGUCACGAGGGUCUAUGUCGUUUAAAUAUGACCAAGGCGCAGCGUGUCCAAGAAACAUGACUUUAUUAUUUCAAAGUCUGGAACAAAACAACAAAACAAGACCGAUAUGUGAAGUCCUCUGCAACACUGACAGAACUUGGAACAAAAACCCACAAAUCCCACAGGAAAACAUACAGAUUAAAUAUGGCUCCCAAUCAGAGAUAACGAGCCGACAGCUGACACUCGUUACCUCCGAUUGGGAGUCAAUGACCAAAGCUAGAAAUGAACCCAACAGAAAGGCAAACCUAGAAAUACACACAACUGCCCAACAUAACCAAACCAAAACCCAACAACACAAAAUACACCCUGGCUCAAAUACAAACGUCCCGGAGCCAGAGUGUCACAGUACCCCCCCCUAAAGGUGCGACCUCCGGGCGCACCAGCAUACAGUCUAGGGGAGGGUCUGGGUGGGCGUCUGUCCACGGUGGCGGUUCUGGCCCUGGUCGUGGUCCCCACCCCACCUUAGUCACUAUCCGCUUCCGUAGCCUCCUCCACAUGACCACCCCCCAACUAAACCCCACUGGAUUAAGGGGCGGCACCGGACUAAAGGGCAGCACCGGACUAAGGGGCAGCACCGGACUAAGGGGCAGUACCGGACUAAGGGGCAGCACCAGGAUAAGGGGCAGCACCGGGCUAAGGGACAGCACCGGACUCAAUGGCAGAUCCUGGCUGGCUGGCUCUGGCGGGUCCUGGCUGGACGGCUCUGGCGGAUCCUGGCUGGACGGCUCUGGCGGAUCCUGGCUGGACGGCUCAUGGCUGGCUGAAGGAUCUGGCUUCUCAUGGCUGGCUGACGGAUCUGGCUGCUCAUGGCUGGCUGACGGAUCUGGCUGCUCAUGGCUGGCCGACGGAUCUGGCUGCUCAUGGCUGGCCGACGGAUCUGGCUGCUCAUGGCUGGCUGAAGGAUCUGGCUGCUCAUGGCUGGCUGACGGAUCUGGCUGCUCAUGGCUGGCUGACGGAUCUGACUGAUCCUGUCUGGAGGAAGGCUCUAGCGGCUCCGGUCUGGCGGACGGCUCUGAAGGCUCAUGGCAGACGGGCGGCUUUGCAGGCUCAGUCCAGACGGCCAGUUCAAACGCCUUAGGGCAGACGGGCAGUUCAGGCCCCGUUGAGCAGACGGCAGACUCUGGCCGUCUGAGGCGCACCGUAGGCCUGGUGCGUGGUGCCGGAACUGGAGGUACCGGGCUGAGGACACGCAUCUCAGGGCUAGUGCGGGGAGAAGCAACAGGGUAUGCUGGACCCUGGGGACGCACAUAAGGGCUAGUGCGGAGAGCCGGAACAGGGCAUGCUGGACCCUGGGGACUCACAUAAGGCCUAGUGCGGAGAGCCGGAACAGGGCAUGCUGGACCCUGGGGACUCACAUAACGCCUAGUGCGGAGAGCCGGAACAGGGCAUGCUGGACCCUGGGGACUCACAUAACGCCUAGUGCGGAGAGCAGCAACAGGACGCACAGGACUCGGGGAACACACAGGAGGCUUGGUGCGUGGUGUAGGCACUGGUGGUACUGGGCUGGAGCGGGGAGGUGGCGCCGGAAAUACCGGACCGUGCAGGCUUACAGGCCCCCUUGAGCACUGAGCCUGCCCAACCUUACCCGGGUUGAUGCUCCCCGUCGCCCGACCAGUACGGGGAGGUGGAAUAACCCGCACCGGCCUAUGUGGGCGAACCGGGAACACCAUGUGUAAGGCUGGUGCCAUGUACGCCGGCCCGAGAAGACGCACUGGUAGCCGGAUGCGUUGGGCCGGCUUCAUGACUUCUGGCUCAACGCUCACUCUAACCCGGCCGAUACGUGGAGCUGGGAUGGUGACGCACACCACAGGCGUAGUGCGUAGAGCAGGAACCGGCCGGGCUGGGCUGGCGACGCACAUCGUGGACCUGGUGCGUGGAGUAGGAACAGGCCGAGCUGGGCUGGCGACGCAAAUCGUGGACCUGGUGCGUGGAGUAGGAACAGGCCGGUCCGUACCGGGAACACACACCACUGGCCUUAACUGGGGAUCAGGAACGGGCCGGACCGGACUGGUAACACACCUCAGUCUCUCACGCCGUGCCACAACAACUUCCCUCCCUCUACUCGCCAAUGGCUCCCGUAAUCCGAAAGCCUUCUCUCCACCUCUACCUGUGGCAGCCUCCUGCUGCCCAGCCGCCCAAGCCAUGUGCCCCCCCCAAAAAAUUAUUUGGGGUUGCCUCUCAUCCUUCCGACGAUGGCCCUGCCGACGCCGUUGCUCCUCUCUCCGUCGCCUCUCCACUGUCUCGCUCCAUGGACGGCGAUCCAUCCCAUCCAGGAUUUCCUCCCAAGUCCAUGACCCUUUUCCGUCCAGUAUCUCCUCCCAUGUCCAUGAAUCCUUUAUAGGUGGAUACUGUUGCCGCUUGACACGCUGCUUGGUCCUAUUACGGUGGGUUUUUCUGUCACGAGGGUCUAUGUCGUUUAAAUAUGACCAAGGCGCAGCGUGUCCAAGAAACAUGACUUUAUUAUUUCAAAGUCUGGAACAAAACAACAAAACAAGACCGAUACGUGAAGUCCUCUGCAACACUGACAGAACUUGGAACAAAAACCCACAAAUCCCACAGGAAAACAUACAGAUUAAAUAUGGCUCCCAAUCAGAGAUAACGAGCCGACAGCUGACACUCGUUACCUCCGAUUGGGAGUCAAUGACCAAAGCUAGAAAUGAACCCAACAGAAAGGCAAACCUAGAAAUACACACAACUGCCCAACAUAACCAAACCAAAACCCAACAACACAAAAUACACCCUGGCUCAAAUACAAACGUCCCGGAGCCAGAGUGUCACAGUGACAACAGAUUGUCCGAUUAUUCGCAAAUGGAAGAAACACAAAAGAACUGUCAAUCUCCCUCUGCCUGGGGCUCCAUGCAAGAUCUCAUCUUGUGGAGUUGCAAUGAUCAUGAGAACGGUGAGGAAUCAGCCCAGAACUACACGUGAGGAUCUUGUCAAUGAUCUCAAGGCAGCUGGGACCAUAGUCACCAAGAAAACAAUUGGUAACACACUACGCCGUGAAGGACUGAAAUCCAGCAGCGCCCGCAAGGUCCCCCUGCUCAAGAAAGCACAUAUACAGGGCCGUCUGAAAUUUGCCAAUGAACAUCUGAAAAAUUCAGAGGAGAACUGGGUGAAAGUGUUGUGGUCAGAUGAGACCAAAAUCGAGCUCUUUGGCAUCAACUCAACUCGCCGUGUUUGGAGGAGGAGGAAUGCUGCCUAUGACCCCAAGAACACCAUCCCCACCGUCAAACAUGGAGGUGAAAACAUUAUGCUUUGGGGGUGUUUUUUUGCUAAGGGGACAGGACAACUUCACCGCAUCAAAGGGAUGAUGGACGGGGCCAUGUACUGUCAGAUCUUGGGUGAGAACCUCCUUCCCUCAGCCAGGGCAUUGAAAAUGGGUCGUGGAUGGGUAUUCCUGCAUGACAAUGACCCAAAACACACGGCCAAGGCAACAAAGGAGUGGCUCAAGAAGAAGCACAUUAAGGUCCUGUAGUGGCCUAGCCAGUCUCCAGACCUUAAUCCCAUAGAAAAUCUGUGGAGGGAGCUGAAGGUUAGAGUUGUCAACCUCGAAAUCUUAAUGACUUGGAGAAGAUCUGCAAACAGGAGUGGGACAAAAUCCCUCCUGAGAUGUGUGCAAACCUGGUGGCCAACUACAAGAAACGUCUGACCUCUGUGAUUGCCAACAAGGGUUUUGCCACCAAGUACUAAGUCAUGUUUGCAGAGGGGUCAAAUACUUAUUUCCCUAAUUAAAAUGCAAAUCAAUUUAUAACAUUUUUGACAUGCGUUUUUCUGGAUUUUGAUGUUGUUAUUCUGUCUCUCACUGUUCAAAUAAACCUACCAUUAAAAUUAUAGACUGAUCAUGUCUUUGUCAGUGGGCAAACGUACAAAAUCAGCAGGGGAUCAAAUACUUUUUUCCCGCACUCUACUGUUUAUAGCUGUUAUGUAAUCUUGAGAGAACUUUUUGGGUGGGAAAACAGAUAUUGGAUAGUGGUCCAGACAUGCAUGUACUUGCUUUGUGACUUUGGAUGAAACAUUGUCCCUUCAAAAUAAUCCAACCGUUAUGGUCCUUUUAUGUUCAUCUUAACCAUUUCAUCAGGAAAUGAAUUGACUAAAAUACUUUUACAUUGGUCAUGGCCAUUGUUCUGCAUCUGGCUGUUAAACACCUGUUUUGAGUGUUCUUUUCUGUGGAGUAAUUUGAUUGCAGCAGCUGACACCGAGACUGCUCUUGUCAGACUGUUGUCAACAAACAGCUUCUGACUGAGGAAGUCAAACAGGUUUCUACUCUGUCAGCAACAGUGUGUCUUUAAGUUUGAACUCUCCUCCUGAUAUAACAUCAGGGCUAGCUUAAAACUGGAUAGAAGGGUAAUGGGAAGCUUAGGUUUUUAAACAUGAUCUUGUCUAUAACAUUUUACUGCAACAUUUUGAAAAUCAGUUGUAUGUCUUGAACUCAACGUUUGCUGCCAUCUUGUCUAUUGCUGGUUAUUACAUUAGGAGAAAUUGUCAUGCAAAAACUACAGUGGCUAUGAGAAGUUUUCCCACUGACAAAGACAUGAUCAGUCUAUAAUUUUAAUGGUAGGUUUAUUUGAACAGUGAGAGACAGAAUAACAACAACAAAAUCCAGAAAAACACAUGUCAAAAAUGUUAUGAAUUGAUUUGCAUUUUAAUGAGGGAAAUAAGUAUUUGACCCCUCUGCAAAACAUGACUUAGUACUUGGUGGCAACACCCUUGUUGGCACUCACAGAGGUCAGACGUUUCUUGUAGUUGGCCACCAGGUUUGCAUACAUCUCAGGAGGGAUUUUGUUCCACUCCUCUUUGCAGAUCUUCUCCAAGUCAUUAAGGUUUCGAGGCUGACGUUUGGCAACUCGAACCUUCAGCUCCCUCCACAGAUUUUCUAUGGGAUUAAGGUCUGGAGACUGGCUAGGCCACUCCAGGACCUUAAUGUGCUUCUUCUUGAGCCACUCCUUUGUUGCCUUGGCCGUGUGUUUUGGGUCAUUGUCAUGCAGGAAUACCCAUCCACGACCCAUUUUCAAUGCCCUGGCUGAGGGAAGGAGGUUCUCACCCAAGAUUUGACGGUACAUGGCCCCAUCCAUCAUCCCUUUGAUGCGGUGAAGUUGUCCUGUCCCCUUAGCAGAAAAACACCCCCAAAGCAUAAUGUUUCCACCUCCAUGUUUGACGGUGGGGAUGGUGUUCUUGGGGUCAUAGGCAGCAUUCCUCCUCCUCCAAACACGGCGAGUUGAGUUGAUGCCAAAGAGCUCGAUUUUGGUCUCAUCUGACCACAACACUUUCACCCAGUUCUCCUCUGAAUUUUUCAGAUGUUCAUUGGCAAACUUCAGACGGCCCUGUAUAUAUGCUUUCUUGAGCAGGGGGACCUUGCGGGCGCUGCAGGAUUUCAGUCCUUCACGGCGUAGUGUGUUACCAAUUAUUUUCUUGGUGACUAUGGUCCCAGCUGCCUUGAGAUCAUUGACAAGAUCCUCCCGUGUAGUUCUGGGCUGAUUCCUCACCGUUCUCAUGAUCUUUGCAACUCCACGAGGUGAGAUCUUGCAUGGAGCCCCAGGCCGAGGGAGAUUGACAGUUCUUUUGUGUUUCUUCCAUUUGCGAAUAAUCGCACCAACUGUUGUCAACUUCUCACCAAGCUGCUUGGCGAUGGUCUUGUAGCCCAUUCCAGCCUUGUGUAGGUCUACAAGCUUGUCCCUGACAUCCCUGGAGAGCUCUUAUGUCUUGGCCAUGGUGGAGAGUUCGGAAUCUGAUUGAUUGAUUGCUUCUGUGGACAAGUGUCUUUUUAUACAGGUAACAAACUGAGAUUAGGAGCACUCCCUUUAAGAGUGUGCUCCUAAUCUCAGCUUGUUACCUGUAUGAAAGACACCUGGGAGCCAGAAAUCUUUCUGAUUGAGAGGGGGUCAAAUACUUAUUUCCCUCAUUGAAAUGCAAAUCAAUUUAUAACAUUUUUGACAUGCGUUUUUCUGGAUUUUGUUGUUGUUAUUCUGUCUCUCACUGUUCAAAUAAACCUACCAUUAAAAUUAUGAACUGAUCAUGUCUUUGUCAGUGGGCAAACGUACAAAAUCAGCAGGGGAUCAAAUACUUUUUCCCUCACUCUACUGUUUAUAGCUGUUAUGUAAUCUUGAGAGAACUGUUUGGGUGGGAAAACAGAUAUUGGGAAACAUCUAUUUACCACACUUUCUCACGCUUACCAUAGUUCUUAUGGAUAGUGAGUCCCUUGUAGGUCCAGACAUGCAUGUACUUGCUUUGUGACUUUGGAUGAAACAUUAUCCUUCAAAAGAAUCCAACCGUUAUGGUCCUUUUAUAUUCAUCUUAACCAUUUCAUCAGGAAAUGAAUUGACUAAAAUACUUUUACAUUGGUCAUGGCCAUUGUUCUGCAUCUGGCUGUUAAACACCUGUUUUGAGUGUUCUUUUCUGUGGAGUAAUUUGAUUGCAGCAGCUGACACCGAGACUGCUCUUGUCAGACUGUUGUCAACAAACAGCUACUGACUGAGGAAGUCAAACAGGUUUCUACUCUGUCAGCAACAGUGUGUCUUUAAGUUUGAACUCUCCUCCUGAUAUAACAUCAGGGCUAGCUUAAAACUGGAUAGAAGGGUAAUGGGAAGCUUAUGUUUUUAAACAUGAUCUUGUCUAUAACAUUAUACUGCAACAUUUUGAAAAUCAGUUGUAUGUCUUGAACUCAACGUUUGCUGCCAUCUUGUCUAUUGCUGGUUAUUACAUUAGUUGAAAUUGUCAUGCAAAAACUACAGUGGCUAUGAGAAGUUUUCCCACUGACAAAGACAUGAUCAGUCUAUAAUUUUAAUGGUAGGUUUAUUUGAACAGUUAGAGACAGAAUAACAACAACAAAAUCCAGAAAAACGCAUGUCAAAAAUGUUCUAAAUUGAUUUGCAUUUUAAUGAGGGAAAUAAGUAUUUGACCCCUCUGCAAGACAUGACUUAGUACUUGGUGGCAAAACCCUUGUUGGCAGUCACAGAGGUCAGACGUUUCUUGGAGUUGGCCACCAGGUUUGCACACAUCUCAGGAGGGAUUUUGUUCCACUCCUCUUUGCAGAUCUUCUCCAAGUCAUUAAGGUUUCGAGGCUGACGUUUUUUCUGGAUUAUUUUGUUGUUAUUCUGUCUCUCACUGUUCAGAUAAACCUACCAUACAAAUUAUAGACUGAUAAUUUCUUUGUCAGUGGGCAAAUGUACAAAAUCAGCAGGGGAUCAAAUACUUUUUUCCCUCACUGUAUUAGUUGAGCAGUGAGCACAAUCAUAACAUAGGGCCAAUCUCCAAUGUCUUUCCUUGUCAUUCCAAGCAUGACCAUUGGUUUUACUGUAAUGUAAUGGCCUGAUGUGUAACCUAACAUGUCUCUCAGGGAGGUAGAGGAGUAUGUGGACCGUCUGAGAAAAGGCUUGUCCUCUGGCCCAGGUCAGCUGUCAGUCACCCUUAGGGACGUGGAGGAGGGAGCUGUCAACCUCAGGAGGGUGGGAGAGGCCUUGGCUGGGCUUAAAGGUGAGCACUGUCUGGGGCUGCAGUUAGAGGUUAGCACAUCACUGACCACAGGUAGAAGAUGUUGUGCAAGCGAUUCAGAGUUACCGAUAGCAGGAGGUAUUCCACAGCUACAGUAGCAGCAUUAAUCAAAUCCAAUAGUUAUUCACAGACAGUUAUGUAAUGUUUUAAGGUAAGGGUUAGCUAACGCCUCAUUGAAUGUGUGACAACAUUUGGAUUUAUGGCCUGACUACCUCCUCCCUCCUCCCUCCCUCCCCCUCUCCCUCCCUCCCUUCGUCAGGUGAGUUCCCCAGCCUGCAGGGGAAGAUGCGGACAGUUCUGCGUGGGGAGGUAGAGGCGGUGCGCUUUCUGAAGGAGGAGCCUCACAAGAUGGACAGCAUGCUUAAGAGGGUCAAAGCCCUGACAGAGGCUCUCAGCGGUCUCAGAAGGUACAUGCUGCCCCUGUAUAUCCUCCAGGUAAGAGGAUGAUUGAUGAUCUGAGUAAUCGAAUAAAGUCAUGUUGCAUUCCCUUCAGAUGUGUCACAGAGAAUCAUCAUCACGAUCACGAGCCUGGAGCAGCCAAAGCAGCCAUAGAGGGGACUGUAGAGCCUGCCAUUGCCCAGUCUGAUCCCCCACUGAAGAAUCUCCUCACCGUGGAGUCCCCCAAACCCCAGCCCAGGUCCUCUGUCAGACCGCCCCUACCCCAGCUCCAGGGCCAGAACCCCGCAGGCAGGCAAGACAUGGCCCCCACCUCUCCUGUCGUCAUCCACCAUGUGAAGAGCUCUCCCGUCAACAUGCAGCCGUGUCAGCACUCAGCGGCCCUGCCACACCACCACCACCCCAGCCCCCCGCUGACCCCUACCCAUGGCCGAGACUCCCCCACCGUGGCCAAGGUCAGUCCCUGCAGCCGGGAGAACAGCCCAGCCCUGCAGAAGAGAGUGAUCCCCUGGUGCGGAGAUGGACCAGCCCCCAUGGCCAGCAGCAUUGAGACCACCACACAACCACCUGGCUCAGAAGACAACCAAACCAACAGGGGCAGCAUCAAAAACAGAGUCAUGGACAUCGAGGUAGUCAUCCGUCUGAAAUAUAAUCUCAGCGAUUAUAUAAUAAAGAGACAAGGUGUCUUGGGUUGAGCUGGAGUGUAUCUAUAAACCUCAGUGGUAUGUUACUUACUGUGUAAUAUAAUCAUAGAGCAUAGUAUAACUGAUUAAGCAUAGGCUUCUGUAAUCUCAGUAAAGGCGUCCAAUUUCCGAUCUGUAUGAAUUGAGAUGUCUGGGCCUCUCUCUCUCUCACCCCACAGACUGCAGAGAGAGAGGGUGACCUGGAGGAGGGGAGGCCACCACAGAGAUCAGCCACCUCUGCUGGGAGUGAGUUUGAGCAGAUUCUCCAGGAGGCCCAGGCCAGCCUGAUGAGGGCCAUCCCCGACCUGGAGUUGAUCGAGACGGGGAGGAGGGAUUCUCAGUCUCCCAAUCCACCCCUAGCUCCAGACCAGCCAUCUCUCCCCCAGACCCUCCCAGACCCAAAGAUGCCCCUCAACACUCCACUGCCAGAUAAGGUGGAUGUCCCUCAACCUACUGAGGCAUCUCUUCCAGGUAAGAAACUAUGGAAGUUAAUAGAUCCAUUAAAUUGUUGGAAACUAUGGAAGGAAAUGUGUUAUGUUUUAUUUGGGUUCAGUUUAGGAUUAGUAUCAUUUUUUAUUUACGUUUUGUAAAGCACAGUACAUUGUAUACAGUAUACAGUACAUUGUCUGUGUAUGUGUGUCGUCAUCUGACAGAACCCACUCAGCCAGCUAAUGCGGCUGCUGAGAUGACUAUACAGGGCAGCCCUGAACGACCACACAGGCCUAUAGUUGAGAAGCCUCGCAGGCCCAGUGUGGAGAGAGAGCUGAGGAACAGCCCAGAGAAAGCAGGGAAGUCCCCUCCACCGCCCCCACCACGGAGGUUCUUCACCUCACCAUCAAGCCCAGGGCUGACCACAGGGAGGUCUGGAGAAGUCGUUUUUACUACCAGGAAGGAAGCCGCCACCACACAGGUGUGUGACUCAUUUGUUUGGCAGUUUCCCUAGUCAAGCAGCAUUCCCAGACAUUUGUCUUCAAAAGGAUAACCUCAGUGUCUAGAAAUAAGCAUUCAACAUGUGACCCAACAUGCAUGUACAUACUAUUUGUAACACUGCAAGUCAAAUGGAAUCUUUACUCAAUCAAUCAAUCAAAUGUAUUUAUAAAGCCCUUUUUACAUCAGCAGAUGUCACAAAGUGCUAUACAGAAACCCAGCCUAAAACCCCAAACAGCAAGCAAUGCAAUGCAGAUGUAGAAGCACGGUGGCUAGGAAAAACUCCCUAGAAAGGCAGAAACCUAGGAAGAAACCUAGAGAAGAACCAGGCUCUGAGGGGUGGCCAAUCCCCUUCUGGCUGUGCCGGGGUGGAGAUUAUAACAGUACAUGGCCAUUAAGGCCAGAUGUUUCUCCAAGAUGUUCAAAUGUUCAUAGAUGACCAGCAGGGUCAAAUAAUAAUCACAGUGGUUGUAGAGGUAAUGUAUGCAUUUAGUAUUUAGGCUCCCGAGUGGCGCAGUGGUCUAAGGCACCACAUCUCAGUGCUUGAGGCGUCACUACAGACCCCCUGGUUCGAUUCCAGCCUUUAUCACAACCGGCCGUGAUUGGGAGUCCCAUAGGGCGGCGCACAAUUGGUCCGGGUUUGGCCGGUGUAGGCAGUCAUUGUAAAUAAGAAUUUGUUCUUAACUGACUUGCCUAGUUAAAUAAAAGUAAAAAAUAAAUAAUAAUGUUUGCAGACUAUGCACACAUUACCUAGUGGGGGAUAGAGUGUACAUUUAUCCAAGCCAGUUUUGCUGUGUCAAGUUUUCCAAUGUCCAAGUCAGUGUUUUACUAUCCCCUUCAGGACGAUGAAGAGGAGGUGUUCCUUCAACCCAGUCCCAAACCCACCAGACAGCCCCCAGAGGUCAAGCCCAAGCCCGAAACCACAUCUUUUAUCACAGCCUCAGCUGAGCCAGAGGAAGAGGAGGAUGAAGAAGAAGAGGAUGAAGAGGAGGACAAAUUCAUGAAGGAACUACAGGUAAAUAAACACUCUGUCAGAUACGUACCACAAAUACACUACAUGACCAAAAGUAUGUGGACACCUGCUCGUCGAACGAAAUUUGACAAGCUGACUUGUUGGAAAGGUGGCAUCCUAUGACGUACGGGCCGUUCUACUGACAACGUUUGUCUAUGGAGAUUGCAUGGCGGUGUGCUCGGUUUUAUACACCUGUCAGAAAUGGGGAUGGCUGAAAUAGCCAAAUCCACUAAUUUGAAGGGGUGUCCACAUACUUUUGAAUAUAUAGUGUAUGUACAAAGCAUUUGUCAAUUUUGGACCUUUUUAACAUAAACAUUAACACUAGUGUACAUGCAUUACUACACUGAACAAAAAUAUAAAUGCAACAUGCAAAAAUGUCAAAGAUUUUACUGAGUUACAGUUCAUAUAAGGAAAUCAGUCAAUUGAAAUAAAUUCAUUAGGCCCUGACCUAUGGAUUUCACAUGACUGGGAAUACAGAUAUGCAUCUGUUGCUCACAGAUACCUCAUGCAGAGCGACACAUCUUUUCAUAGAGUUGAUCAGGCUGUUGAUUGUGGCCUGUGGAAUGUUGUCCCACUGCUCUUCAAUGGCUGUGCGAAGUUGCUGGAUAUUGGCUGGAACUAGAACACGCUGUCGUACACGUCAAUCCAGAGCAUCCCAAACAUGCUCAAUGGGUGACAUGUCUGGUGAGUAUGCAGGCCAUGGAAGAACGGUGACAUUUUCAGCUUCCAGGAAUUGUGUACAGAUCCUUGCCACAUGGGGCUGUGCAUUAUCAUGCUGAAACAUGAAGUGAUGACGGCGGAUGAAUGGCACGACAAUGGGCCUCAGGAUCUCAUCAAUGUAUCUCUGUGCAUUCAAAUUGCCAUCGAUAAAAUGCAAUUGUGUUCGUGUCCGUAGCUUAUGCCUACCCAUACCAUAACCCCACUGCCACCAUGAGGCACUCUGUUCACAACAUUGACAUCAGCAAACCGCUCGUCCACACGACGCCAUACACGAUGUCAGCCAUCUGCCAGGUACAGUUGAAACCGCAAUUCAUCCAUGAAGAGCACACUGCUCCAGCGUGCCAAUGGCCAUUGAAGUUGAGCAUUUGCCCAUUGAAGUCGGUUACGACGCCGAACUGCAGUCAGGUCAAGACCCUGGUGAGGACGACGAGCACACAGAUGAGCUUCCCUGAGACGGUUUCUGACAGUUUAUGCAGAAAUUCUUCGGUUGUGCAAACCCACAGUUUCAUCAGCUGUCCGGGUUGGCGACAAUCCCGCAGGUGAAGAAGCCGGAUGUGGAAGUGCUGGGCUGUCGUGGUUACACGUGGUCUGUGGUUGUGAGGCCUGUUGGACGUACUGCCAAAUUGUCUAAAAUGGUAGAGAAAUUAAGAUUACAUUCUCUGGCAAAGCUCUGGUGGACAUUCCUGCAGUCAGCAUUCCAAAUGCACACUCCCUCAAGAUUUGACAUAUCUGUGGCAUUGUGUUGUUUGACAAUACUGCACAUUUUAAAGUGGCCUUUUAUUGUCCCCAGCACAAUGUGCACCUGUGUAAUGAUCAUGCUGUUUAAUCAGCUUCUUGAUAUUUCACACCUGCCAAUUGGAUGAAUUAUUUUAGCAAAGGAGAAAUGCUCACUAACAGGGAUGUAAAGAAAUUUGUGCACAACAUUUGAGAGAAAUAAGCUUUUUGUGCAUAUGGAAAAUUCCUGGGAUCUUUUAUUUCAGCUCAUGAGGCAUGGUACCAACGCUGUAUGUUGCCUUCUGUUGUUCAAUGGAGGAAUGUCUGUGUGAACAAUAAUAAGUGCAGCCAAAAACAUCAGUUAGUCUGAUAUUUAACUCAGCCUUUGUUGUACAGCCACAGAGCCCUUGUCAUGCGAUCUGGAAUCUGUGAUCUAAUCAGUGCACUUUGACCUCCUCAGGUGUUUCAGAAGUGCACUCUUAGUGAUGUAGGCACAAGGUGCGUUGUAGACCUCACAAGCACUGCAUCCCAAGUCAGACAGAUAGAGCCAGAGCUCCCCCUCUCACCCAAAGACCCUAAGGUAACAGAUGCCCUAUUACUAACCCCCUGUGUGUGGUGUGCCUAUGGUCUGAUCUGAGGCCUGCACUCAUUGCUUUUAACUCACUCACUGCUUAUCUAGGCCUCUAACACUAAUUUGAUCUGGGACCUGCCUGUCUGUGCUUACAGCUUAAUCAGCCUCUGAAUCUGUUCUAAGCUUGGAUCUAAAGCUUGCUUUUGAUUGAAUGUGCUUCUGAACACUGGUCUGACUGGCACUCAGUGCUGUGUUCAGCUAUUGCUGCUGGAAUGGCCUGGGGGCCGGAGGUUUGGUGCUUCUCAUGGUGUUUUCUUCUCUCUUUCAUGUUAUCUCUGCCUUUCAGAGAAUUGGCUGAUGUCUCAAAUAAAAGAUGUAUGGUGUCUCUUGGUUUUGGAAAAUGUUGUCUCUUGAUUUCCAAGUGUGAUAUUAUCUUCAAUUAAUUUCAAUUCCCAUCCACUAUGAGAUUACGGACUAAUCAUUCACACUGUGCAGUGUUCUUGCCUGGCUUCGUGAAUGAAUCUGCAUCUGAUAUUUUGUUCUCUUAUCACAUUGUGCUUGACUCCAUUUCCCUUAGUUCUCUAAGCAUGCUCUCUUAGCUGCCAUGGCUAACAGAUUUGACACUGUUCCAAAGAGUCCCAGGGUAAGUCUUUCAUCCCCAUAUAACCCAUGUUCCUCAGUCUGAAUACAGUAUACUGUAUACAGGUAACUGUCAAAAUAAAGGAAACACCAACAUCAGGUGUCUUAAUGGGGCGUUGGGCCACCACGAGCAUUGGGCCAGAACAGCUUCAAUGCGCCUUGGCAUAGAUUCUACAAGUGUCUGGAACUAUUGGAGGGAUGCGACACAAUUCUUCCACGAGAAAUUCCAUCAUUUGGUGUUUUGUUGAUGGUGGCCGUGGAAAACUCUGUCUCAGGCGAUGCUCCAAAAUCUCCCAUAAGGGUUCAAUUGGGUUGAGAUCUGGUGACUGAGACACACACACACACACACACUUUAAACCCUCUAUGCUCCUUUGAGAUCCCUCUUUCAAAGUCACUGAGAUCUCUUCUUCUAGCAUGAUAGCCAAAAUAAUGGGCAACUGACCCUAAGCAUGAUGGGAUGUUUUAAUUGCUUAAUUAACUCAGGGACCACACAUGUGUAGAAGCACCUGCUUUCAAUAUACGUUGUAUUCCUAAUUUACGCAAGUGUUUACAUUAUUUUGGCAUUUACCUGUAUAUUUUUAUGUUAAGAGAUAUUUCCCUCCUUUUUUCCAGGUCAUGUAUUAUGUUAUGGAACAUAUAUCCAAUGAAAAGCCUCCAUCGGGAAGAACAGACCAAUCAGAAGGCAGAGAGGGAACAGUGUCCACCUCACAGGUGGCAAACACAAAUACGCUUGACUCCCAGCAGCCAGAGUUACUAACAGCAGACGAGUCACCUCUAGUAUCAUGUAACUCAAUGGUGGAGAGCCAAGAUUGUCCUCCUAAAACACAGAAGUUAACAGUUGGAGAAGAUAGUGAGGAGAGCCUCGUAGAUGAGAAUGACCUGAAGGAUCCUGUUCAGAGUCAGAAAAAGGAGGUAGCUGAACCUGUGUGUCCUCCAAUACCUGCAGAGAAGAAGGACUUACUUGUACCUACCGAACGGAGCACUCCUCCUACUAACAGUAUACCAUCAUCAUCAUCAUCUCCACCAGUACCAGUAAUCCAGCCUGUGACUCGUAUAGUUCAGGAGGCUUCAGGUAGUCCAGUGUCUCCUCCACCAGUAGAGAGCGUGAGCCUGGAUGACAGCCAGAGCCAACAGGUAGUAUUGAGGUCAUCCAGAGGCAGAGCACCACGGUAUGUAGAGGAGGGCAGCAGCCUGAGCCCUGACCUCCCAGACAAGGAGGGCUCUCCUCCCCCUGAGAACAUCUCCUUCAUGAUGAUAACCAGCAACAAAGUGCAGGCUCUGUCCACUAGGCAGUACCAGGAGAUAGUAAGUAGUACCAACGGGUCCGAGGUUCAGACCUUCAAGGUGGGGAACGACACCACCACCAGCGUCAGCCAGGAGGAGCACUGUGGCUUUGACAGGAAGCCUGUGAUCAUCAUAUUCGACGAGCCCAUGGACAUCUGGUCGGCCUACAAGCGUAUGUCCACCAUCUUUGAGUGUGAGGAGGAGCUGGAUGUGAUGCUGCACCAGGAGAGUAUCAAGGAGGAGAACGAGGAGGCAGAGAAGAAUGUACCUCAGGUAAAGCCUAACACUGAUCUACAACAGGCAAACAAGACAGCAGUGACAGAAAACACUGCAAGCGGUCACAGUAAUACUCCUGCUGUGGUUGCGCAACAGAUGAGUACAUCAGAGUGCUCAUCGCCAGAACAGUCUAAAACAGAGUCUUCAAAAGGCAGCAAACCAGAGACCAAAAAUAAGCUCAAAUUCAAGUUCCCCAAAAAUAAGCUGGCGGCCAUCAGCCAAGCGAUUCGCACUGGGACCAAAACAGGCAAGAAGACGCUCCAGGUGGUGGUAUAUGAGGAUGAGGAGGAGGGGGACGGACACAUGAAGGAGACCAAGAGGUUUGAGAGCAACAGCAGCAGCAAACCCCAAACUGACUCCAGUCACCUCACCACUGUGAAAAACGUCACGUCACCAAGCACUCUCACCCGGUCAAACUCUAAACGCAGGACAGAGGCGAUCUGUAAGAACACCUACGAGUCCAUAAACAGUCUAGAUGAGACCAUUGAAAAGCUAGAGAUCACCAUGGAGAAUAUAACCCCCUCUGCGCUUAAGAUAGACUCCUGUGAAGAGACUCCAUCCGCUGUGAAACUCAAACGAGAGAGGGAGGGCAGUCCCUCUAAGAGGCCUGCCCCUCCUCAGGUCUCUAAGUCCCUGAAGCCUCAGAGUAAGAAGUCCAAACCACAGCUUCCACAACUUCCCAGGCCGUCCAUCAUGAGCAGCUCCAAGAAACAGGUCUCUCUUAAAGCUGCUUCCCCCUAACACUGCACUGGUGGCUGGGUCCCUCUGAGGGCUGGGCUGGUGGCUGGGUCCCUUGUAGAUUCCCACCCUCUAACCAGUAAAGAUUAACAUGUUUUUCAGGUGUUGCUGGGGAUACAACUGGGAUCUACCUCUGCUUAUAAGCGGUCUUUGUGGUGUCAGCUGACAUGAUUGUUGUCCCUUGGGAUCUGGGUUGCUAUGAUGUGUUUUUGUGGACUUUGAACAGUUAAUUUUGUCUGGAUCAAAGUGACAGGCUUUAAAAUGACUGGCUUUAUACAGUACUUGUGGUUCCGUUGUGCAUGCUCUGCUCUCAGAGUUGGUGCAAGUUGGUCAGUGGUUCCCAAACUUGGAAAAGUUGUGUAUCCCUAACUUGACCCACCAGCUCCCUACAUAUACCCAAAACCUAUAUGAAAGGCAAUAACAUUAUAACUUUAUAAGAACAUCUCUGUCAUACCUCACAGCCAUAAAUACAUCUUGUUUGUUUUGUUAUUAACCAUCAAUUACAAUUUGUCCUCAACUGAUAGUAAAAUAACUUCAUUAGCUUUUACUAUUAAUGUCCAAACAGUAAGUGAAACUAUAAGUGCAAAAUAAAAUACAGGUGAACACAAAAUCCACCAUUACAGAUAAUGUCUCAGGCUACGCCCUGGAGCUAACCCUACUUGUACCCCAGUUUGGGAAUCACAAACCUACUGUAAGCAUGCUGUCAUCUUAUCUUUGUAUACAGGUCUGUCUUUGUUGUUGCUUCGGCUCUUAGGUGUUUUCACAAUCCGUCCCUAAUAUACAGUAUAAUUUUUGUGUUUCUUUUCGUCUGUUUGAUUAUUUACAGAAUACCAGUGGCUCUCCUUCAAGUCGGAUGUCACUUUCUGCAUCUGCAAAGUCCUGGCUGCAACCAGCCGGGUCAGCUGACAAACCAGGAGGAAAAGCUCAGAAGCUCCAGGGCAGUCAGAAGCAGUUUCGACAGGUAGUUUUACUAUAAGAUGGCCUGUGUCAGGAAGUUUUGGAGCAACCACUUUCAUGAUGUAGAGAAGUGUGUUUAUGUGAAGCAUUGGAAACUGUACAAUUAUAGGAUGUUUGUUGAAUCCAUGCAUUCUCUGUCUUGUUCUCCUAUGUCUUCAAGACCUUUUGACUUACCAUCUGUACCCUCUUGACCUCUAUAUGCUCCUUGAGCAUGCUCACCAUGAAACUUUCAUUCACUUGGAGAUGGAGGCAAGGAUAGAAGAUUGCCAAAGAUAUAUUCACUUCACUUUUUGAACAUCUCCUUGAAUUAAGCAUUUUCAUUUUGCAAACAAAUGCGCUUCUCUAACCUUAGACUAAAGCAACUCAAAUAAACCUAUUCUCAAACUAAAUUCACCCUCUGUCAGCUGUCCAAAUAUUCUUUAACCCUCUUUAUCUCACCCUGAGUAGCAUGAUAUUUAUGUCAUAAAUAUUGCAUGUGCAUGAUGAGUUAGUGCAUUGAAUUGGUGAAUUAGUGGGCAUCAUUAACCCUUUAGAUCAUUUCCUGACUUCAUCCGUUUUACUGUGGUUGUUUAUAUUUUCAAUGAAUCAUCUAUUUUUAGUGUAUUUUAAUGCCAUCUGUUUGCUUUGUAACAUGAUGUUUAUUUAUCUUUGUAUAAUAACCCUUCUUUUGCCUUUCUUGACAUUCCAUGUCUCCCGCCAUCUUUGUUUCGCAGGCCAUCAGAAGUACAAAGAAAGCUGGUGGGAAUAGUAACCAUUCUUUCCUUGCUUUACCUGCUUCUAAGAUCCCAGCCUUUUGUCAAAGCUCUGGAAAAAACACGUCAUUGCCGGGUCCUAACUCUGUGUCUAACCCUAUUAAAUCACCUUCAUCCUUCCCGUCCUCCUCACACAAGUCUUUCAUCCCGUCUCUUAAUCUGAGUCAUCUCAUCCCUUCUAGCCCUUCUCUCAAUAACAGACGUCAAAAUCUUUCCCUCUCGUCGCAAACCCAAAAUAGCCGACCCAGCCCUUUCUCUUACUGCUCAUCUUCCUCUUCCUCUUCCUCCUCCAACCCCCCCUCUUCCAACUCAUCCUCUUUGUCCCCCACAUCCACGUCCUCCACCUCCUCCUCCCCUCCCUCCUCUCCCCGACUGCCAUGA